GAUGAGGGAAGUCUCCUUCCAGGAAACAAGCGGGCGACGGGCGACGAUGCCCAGCCGCCUCUCUCUGGGGACUAUUAUUUUGUCUUUUUGCCUCAGCGUGUGUGAGAAAAAGAGCGCCCUGAGGGCGAGGGAGGUUUGGCCUCAGGCCCUUGAUUGACAGGCAGCUCCGAAGCGAGCCCGGGAGGGAGGGAGGGUGGGCCGGAGAAGGAACUGACUGCGAGAGUUAAGAAAGUCCUGCCCAGCUGUUUGCGAACUUUUUAAGAUUUCCUGUUUCCUCUGCAAGGCAGGGCUGAAGCGGGGAAGGCGGGCGGGCGGGGGUGAGUCACACACGCCCUCCUCCGAGCAAGCAGCCGAGAGCCGCGGCUGCUGCGGCUGCUGCUGCCUCUGCCGGGGCCUCGCUCGCUCCCUCGCUCGCUCGCCCGCUUUCCGCCUCGAGGGACCCGCCUUCGCCUCCGGAGGAGCCCCUCGCCUCGCCCCGCGCGCCCCUCGCCGCGCCCGCCGAGCCUGCGCCGCCGAGCAGCCGAGCGCCCCGAGGGAGCUUGACAAUGAGCGGGGCGCCCAAGCACGUUUUGCUGUGGACUCUCUUGCACUGCGCGGCUUGCCCGCUGGCUCGGGGUACAGGUAAGCCUCGCCUUUGCUUCGCUGCCUGCUCUCUGGUCUUCCGACGCUGCCCCGCCAAGAUCUAGCUUGUGAACAAGGCACCAGAAGCCUUUUAUUAUUAUUAUUAUUAUUAUUAUUAUUAUUAUUAUUAUUAUUAUUAUUAAAUGGCCAGGUUCAUAGCACCACAGAAUUGCAAAGAAGGAGCACCACAGAAUUGCAAAGGGACACGGGUGGCACUGUGGGUUAAACCACUGAGUCUUGGGCUUGCCGAUCAGAUGGUCGGCGGUUUGAAUCCCCGCAACGGGAUGAGCUCCCCUUACUCGGUCCCUGCUCCUGCCAACCCAGCAGUUCGAAAGCACGCCGGUGCAAGUAGAUAAAUAGGUACUGCUCCGGCAGGAAGGUAAAUGGCGUUUCCGUGCGCUGCUCUGGUUCGCCAGAAGAGGCUUAGUCAUGCUGGCCACAUGUACGCCGGCUCCCUCGGCCAGUAAAGCGAGAUGAGCGCCGCAACCCCAGAGUCGUCCGUGACUGGACCUAAUGGUCAGGGGUCCCUUUACCUUUGCUACAGAAUUCCAAAGGUUUUCCCCAGGGUCAUCUAGUCCAACCCCCAGCAAUGCAGGAAUCUUUCCCUCGAACCCACGACCCUGAGGUUGAGAGUCUCAUGUUCUACCGACUGAGCUAUGUUGUGUUUCUGGGUUGGGGGUCUUGAUCUCCCUCCCAAAAAAAGUUAAAACUUUUGGAAUGGUUUUUCUUCUUUCCUCUUGAAAAGAGUGUUGUUUUGGAGGAAAGCAUGCUCCCCCCCCCCAACUUCUGUUCUUGCUUGAGGUGUGGUGCAGAAGUUUUCAUCCUGAUAUCUGGAUAUCUGGCAGGGAACAGCUGCCUUGUGUCUUGCAGAUACAGCCGUAGCCGCCACACCUGGCCUAGGAUGAGCUGCUUGCAGCUGUGAAAUUGGUGGGUUGUUUGCUCCUGGCAUGAUGGCAGGGCUUUUGGCAAUGCACACGAGGGUUUGGGGUACAAAUCCCUAGAAAUAGGGGAAGUGAGUCAUGCGCUGGUGUUUUCUGAGUCACAAUUCCCCAGAAAGUAAAGGAUCCGAAUUCCAGAACGCCAGUUCCCUUAAUUUUGCAACUAUAACCCCAGUGCGCCAAGAGACAUAAGAACUCCCUCGUUACAAACUUAAGGGUAAAGCGGCCGUGUGGCCUGUCACUAGCAUGCUUUUAAAAAAUCCUGCACCUUCGUUUCUUCCUUCAGCUGUUCGGAGUGUAAGCAUGUGGUCGUACACAGUUUGCAGUAGUAUGGUGGCAACUUCAUUUUAAAAACCGCUACGCUAAGCAUCUGUAGAGGGAAGCAGUGUCUUUCCAAGUCACUUGAUCAGUGUUUUGUGUCCAGGUUUUAAGUUGUCUCAUGACUCCUUGUGUUCUUCAUUUUGCUUUCUGCCUUGUUCAAGUGUGGAGCCCUUCAGUCAUUUAACACGCUUCAGUGCAGACUGUUAAACAGCAACAGCAACAACCACACAGAGGACUGAUGUGCAAAGUUCUCUUACUGCAAAAUCCUUUUCACUGGUUAUUAUGGGUACCAGUGCUGUCAACUGACGAUAUAAUCAGAGUAGCUAAGCUUCUCGAAAGUUAAUACACAGCUUAACUUCUCUCAUCACAUUGCUGAUGGGGCACAGCACACCUUUUUUUUUUUACUCGUCCUGGAUGUUUUAUUUUUACAUAGUCUGUUUAGUAGGUAGAAACAAGGUUGUACUCAACGCUUUAGGCACAUAUUUUGGCCCUCAAUUCCCAUCAGCCUGAGCCAGCGCAGCCAGUGGUUAGGAAUGAUGGGAGUUGUAGUGCGGCAACAUCUGGAGGGCCAAAUGUUCCCCAGCUGUGAUCUGUAAUUUUUGCCAAGAGCAGCUGCCCAGAAAUCUCAUGCUCCUUUAAAAUGUACUGCCACUUCUCUCUCGCUUUUGGUCUCUUAUUCCCGGAACUACCUCUAUCCUUACGGAUCCUUCCUCAAAACCCACUUGAAGCCUAAGGAUACAUAACUAUAUUUGAGCAUAUUCAUUCCCACUUGCCUUGCACUUGCCUUGCACUUGUUCUCCUCUAGAAUGUAAAGCUCUGUGGGAUGGGGACUUGCCAUUUUCACUUAUUGUUAAUGAUGGAAAGUGACAUGAACAUUGUUGGUACCGUACGAAGUACAGUGGUACCUCAGGUUAAGUACUUAAUUCAUUCCGGAGGUCUGUUCUUAACCUGAAACUGUUCUUAACCUGAAGCACCACUUUAGCUAAUGGGGCCUCCUGCUGCUGUUGUGCCGCCGGAGCCCGAUUUCUGUUCUUAUCCUGAAGCAAAGUUCUUAACCUGAAGCACUAUUUCUGGGUUAGCGGAGUAUGUAACCUGAAGCCUAUGUAACCUGAAGCGUAUUUAACCCGAGGUACCACUGUAUAAUGUCCACUGGCAGAUUUACUAGGGACUACUUCCCUGUAUACUUUCUUUCUUUCUUUUUUUUAAAAAGCCAUCCCAUAGUAACAUAACAAACAGGGUGAUGCUUUUGUAUUGUUUGCAAAAUGAUGGUUAGUGGGGGGAAAGGAGAGGUAAAAAUACAGUGCUGGAAAGGAAACCUGUAUAUUAAGGUUAGCAUCUUACCAUUCAAAUAGCUACCUAUAGUGAUAUUAAGCAUAAAUAUGCAGUAUGCUUUUAAAAACAAACAAACUGUUGAUUUAAAAUGUUUUACUUACUUAGCAUGCGUAAAAUCAGUUAUGUCACAGUACAGCAUUUGUAGCGUUUUAUGUAAAGAUCCUGCAAACACUUGCAUAGCUGAGUACCGUGCAGAGUGUUAGCAAUAUCUGUGCAUUUGCUGAAAGGUUAGGUCCAGUUGCAGAUUAUGAUAAUAAUGGAAUGUUCCUGUACCGUAAUAUAAAACUUGUACGAUAGAGAAGAACGUACGCUUGGAAUAAGUACUCACGUUAGAAAUUCUCCUUGUCUCCUUUCUAAUGCAAGUCUUUGCAUCUCUUGAAAGAAUAGUGGUACCUCGGCUUAUGAACUUAAUCAGUUCCGGAAGUCCAUUCCUAAACUGAAACUGUUCUUAAACUGAGGUGCACUUUCCCUAAUGAGGCCUCCUGCUGCCGGUGCCCUUCCACCAUUCAGCUUCUGUUCGUAGACUGAGGUAAAGUUUGCUAACCAGAACACUACUUCCGGUUUUGCGGAGUUCGUAUACCAAAUAGUUUGUAAACAGGGCUGUUCUUAAACCGAGGCACCACUGUAAGGGGAUCUUCUAGGGCAGGCACCCCCAAACUCAGCCCUCCAGCUGUUUUGGAACUACAACUCCCAUCAUCCCUAGCUAACAGGACCGGUGGUCAGGGUUGAUGGGAACUGUAGUCCCAAAACAUCUGGAGGGCUGAGUUUGGGGAUGCCUGCUCUAGAACAGCUUUCCUCCAACCUAAUGCACUUGCUGGGUAGGGUUGAUGGGAACAGUAAUCCAAAACAUCUGGAGAGUACCAGCCUGGGGAGGCUGCUGUAGAGCAGGAGCCGAGACAGCAGUAGCACUUUCUGCCUUUAUACACGGCUGUUUGGGUCGUGACCAGUGUUAUCUGAGAGCUAGCACAAUCAUUAAGAGUGGUGACCUUGUAUAACAACUUGGCUUUAUCUCUGGGUUUUACUUCUGCUGUGUUAUAUCUUAGGCUGAAAUAGGAUAAAAGUUUUUGUCCAAGACAUCCAAGCCCUGUAAGCAGGAUCCGUUGCCAUGUUCACAGUCCCAAAGGGACUCUUGGCCAAAUAUGCAUACUUUCCUUGUGAUUUCUUCCUUUCACAAUUAAAUGGCAUUGCCUUUAUCAUUAUAGCUAUGUUCACAUGUCCCAGUAAACGACACUGUCAUUUCGUCUGGACUGUCAAACUUUGUGGUUCAUGUUAAUUUAUGACGAGUUUCAAACAGGCCAGCGCCUAACCAUGGUUUCUGAAGCUGUGUCCCUUAAACAAACCGUAGCUCCAUGUCAGCCACAGUUCCUGGUUUUGGAGGGUAUGGGAAGCUGUGAUUGGCUAAAAGGAGAUGCAAAAGCUCCAAAACUCCCCUUGAACACAGGGCAGGAGGGGAGAUAGAGCGUGCAAGCCCAAGGCUUCUUCCUGCUCAAAUCUGUGUGCUGCUAAUGAUCCCUCUUCAUACUACCGUGAAUAGUUUGAUUACCUUGGUGUAUUCGGAAUGACAAUGCUUUUAUUUUUAUUACUUAAUCUCUAAUGGGCAUUCUCAGGUAUAAGACCACUGACCUAAUUACUCAAAGCCAAUUAUUUCUUUUUUGAAAAGCACAUUUUCCUGUACACACAUAGUACAUACAACACAAGGGAUAUCUGCCAAGUUUAUCUCUUUAUCAGUCAGUAUGAUAAAGACAUGCAGCUGUGGAAAACACAGCUUUUUGCACGUGAAGGAAGUUCUCUGACAAGGACGCAGUUUACCAAAUAUAACUUGCAUGAUAUAGUACUAACAUCACAAAAAAUAAAUAAAUAAAUGGGGGAAACCGGACAUUGAUAUUGCUCCCUUCUGAAUAUAUAUCCUGCUUUUUAAAUUUUGUUUUGUACUGUUGAAUUAUGCCUGCUUUCAGUAACAUACCCUCUGUCUCCCAGAUUGCAUUGCGGAGUAGUAUGCCCUCCCUGAACCUACUUACUUCUGAGUAGCAUGCAUAGGAUUGCAUUUUGCUUUGGCUGACUUGGAGUGAGUGAGUGAAAAGGGAUUCAUUCUUGGGCAGGAGACUUGGCAGCGCUAGCUUUUUCCUGGCUUGUAUCCCUGGGUAACCUCCGUUGAAGUAGAUAAAAACAAACCACUCCCUGUUAGCGGAAGACUACUGGCAAAAAUCUUAGUAACAUGAAAUACCCAAAGUACAUCACUUUCUGUACAUGUACACCAAAUGCAUAUUUGGUGGUGGUGGAGGAAUGGAUGCUUGUUGGUGUGCAGAACAGAAGGUUCAGUCCUUAAGGAAAACACUCCAUGUGUAGUUGGAAGGGGCAGAGAAAGACAGAGACUGCUGGCUUAGUGCCUCUAGUUAAAAGUUUGCUGAAACUUGGGGUGGGAGCACUUUUUUUUGAGGGGGGAGGUUAGUUCUAUCUUUGGGGGUUAGAACAUAGAGAGCUGCCUUAUACGAAGUCAGAACAAUUGUCUAUCUAGCCUAGUACUGUCUACACUGAUUGGCAACGGCUCCCCAGAAUUUCAGACAGGAUAUUUCUGGCUCUCCCUGGACAUGUCAGGAAUCAAACCUGAUUCCUGUUCUGCCACUGAACUACGGCCCUUCUCCGGGGAUCUACCUGUAGCAGCUCUUUGGCUAUGCUUCGUUCUCUGCUUGUAUGUCUGUAAAUAUACAAAUCUUUCAGAGAUAACAUAACAUGCUGCCACACAAAGGAAACUCGGUUCCAUAGUUCUGUACCUACCAAGCCUGAUGGGGUUGCCAGAAUGUUACCUUGGGCUAUAUCAUCAUCAUCAUCAUCAUCAUCAAACCUUUUAUUGGCAUCACAUCCAAACAUCCAAAACAAAUCAAUAAAGAAUUACCACUUCCCCAAUAGCACAAAACAUUUGCUAAAAGAAUGGCAGAGCAGUCUAUCAUCACAUCUCUAGGUCUCCUGGGAGAUCAGACGUCUGCAGUGUAUUUCGACGACAAAAAACCGAGUAGAGAUAUUUACCCACUAACUUGGUGAGCUCCUGAUCAUUCCCCAGUAAUAGAAAAUGUAUGACCUCCAACUCUGGUUUCCAUUUGGGGAUACAGAAUUGAUCUAGAAAUUGCUGACUGAGAUCAGCAUAUAGUUUACAAUUAAGAACCAUAUGUAUAAGGGUUUCCACCAGGUGGUCUUCACAUGGGCAAGUUCUUUCUCUUUCCACCCUGCCUGAGAACCUUCCCCAAAGGAGGUUUGAUGGAUUUGAAUUAAAGCUGGCCAGCGAAAAUGCCCUUCUUUCUUGAGGGUUAAGCAGAAAUUCAAGGUAGUUGUGGUUAGUUUCAUGUGACCUUGGGCUGUAGAGUUCCCUUCCCACCUUAAUAAGGAAGACUCGGAACCAAACUACACAUUACAUUAAUGCACAGCUGCAUGAACCUUUAAAUUUUUCACUGAAUGUGGUUGCUUCUGGGCUCCCAACAGGCGUGUCAACUCUAGGGGGGGAAAUGACCUCUCAAGGACCGCCUCCUGACUAUGCGCCUCCUCCUGAUGAUGCAUGUGUGACAUCACAGGUGUGCGACAAGUGUCACGUGGACGGCGGGUUGCUGGCCACACCAUCUUCGGCCCAAGGUGGCCUCUGGCUCCCAGUGAAUAUCAGCACUGUGGUGGGAGGGAUAGUUCAGCCUUCCUACCCACCAUGGUCUCAGUGAAAAACCCUGUCCACUCUGCUGUGUUUGGACUCAAGGAAUAGCCAGUGGAGAACUUUCUCUUGCAGGGGCAGUUUUAAUUAGGACAAUGGCAUGAUAAGAAAAGAUUAACUCCCACUGCCCCAUCCUUCAGUGCAUGAUCCCGAUUCUUACUUGACUCCAAGCGGCUGUUAUUUACAGUGUUUUUUAAAAAGUGACUAUGCAUCUGUGAAUUUAAGUAUUUAAUGUCUAUUGUAGCUUGGCCUUCAGGAAGCGUGCUGAAGGCCUGCUCUGCUUAGUGCCGUGAUCACAUCUUGAAACUGUGCAGCAGUUGUUAAGAGUUCUGCUAUGACUAGUUGGUAAAAGAUGAAGGAACCUGAUAGAUUCUCCCUCCUCUGAAGGCUUAUGGCAGACAGCAUUUUACAAAUAAAUGAAACCUCUAAAUUUGAAGAAAGAAAAUAAAAAGGUGGGUGGGUGGGAAACAGGCAUUAGACGUUUCUGUAGACUUUAGUAUCUCUAUUCCUGCUGUUUUUUCUUUAUUUUUCAGGGGAAAGUUCUGCCUCUCAUUUAGAAAGGGGAUGUCCAAAAAAAGACAUGUUGUCACUUUCUGAAAAUCAGAUGUCUGUGCCUCAAAUUGCUGUAAUUGUAAACUGAAACAGCUGAACAUUUGGGGAAAUCUUAGAAGAACAAAAAAAUAACAAUCUUCAGUUCCUCAAAUUGUCUAGUCAUGAAAAUAUGUGUUAGGUGGACAGAAUAGCCAGAGCUUUCUGUUUUUUGGGUUGCUCUUUUAGUUGCAACUCUAGCGAUUUCUUACCUUUUCACAUGAUGCAGCUCCUAAUUAGCAUGAGGUAGCUAAUUAAACAGGGCUGGAGAUGGAAUCUUCUCGUUAUAGUAUUGCACAAGCCAGUGAAAUAGUUCAGCUCUGAUUACAGCCUCCGAGCUACUUGUGAGUGGAAUUGUUACCAGAAGAAGCACAUGUCUGUACUUUUAAAUUAUCAACAAAUUGUAAUUGGCAGGCAGAAUGAUCUGAAGGCAUGUAUUUACAACUAGGAUUCCAAAUAUAGCACCUGUGUGCACCAAGAUACCCUAAGAAACCCCCCUCCCUUGGCUAAGACCCUCUACCAGCUUUUAAAUUUUAAUUUUUAAAAUGGAUAUUUUAUUUGUGUCAUCCCCCACCACUUUGGCUGGCAAGUUUGCAUUUUUUAUAGGGGGAGAAUAGUUGGCAUUUUUGUCUGUGUUUUAUUUUGUGUGUAGGUAUUUCACCUGUUUUGUUGAAUUCUGAGCACCAUCAAUAUUCCACCCCACCCCCCGUGAAAUGGGUACUUUGUGUUGCCCACAACAGUUUCUUGUGACCCUUUUUUUUUUGCAGCAUAUGGUUUAGACAGACACUCGCCAUUCUGUUUGUUGUGGUUCAGCAGGUAUUCCAUAAGCCAACAAACCUGUUAGUGUAAAGGGUUACAUGAGGAAGAGGUUUUUUUUUCAAAGAGAAAGAGUGUGCACACAAAGUCUUCAGAAGGCAAGAUUGCAUAUGUGAACUAAUUAAGGCAAUAUGUGACACACACAAAAAAUGCCAGCUGUUAACUCCCCAACUAUUACAUUUUAUUCUCAAGAUUAUAUUAGUUUGUUGAACAUGUAUUAAAUAUGCAUUAAAGCGCAUAUCAAGAUGAAGUUCUGUGCAUUUUAUUAUUGCUGCACUUACAAUAGUUUUAAUAUUUUGUGUGGUUUUUUUUUAUAAAAAAACCCUUCUUAUGAAUUUGUAAGGCUGUUUUAUCUAUUCCUGUUAGCCACCCUAGGUUCCAUGUUGUAGCCAGUGAGUGGGAAAUGAAUGUUUUGUAUAGAUAAAUAAAAUAAACGUGCUACAUAUAUGAAUUGCUAAUAUUUACCUGACUACAUUUAAUGAGCUACCUAGUGAGCUAUGUAUCAAGUCUAUACCAAUAAAUACCAGCCAGGCCUAUUAAUCCAUAGCAGCCAUUUCUACUUCUAAUGAUAGAGAGAAGUGUGACAAUUUUGGGGCGUCUUUGGUAGCCAGCCAAAUAUUGGAUGGGCAAGAUCCUGCAUAAUCCUGACCUCAUGUUGCACCUCUAGAACUUGGUGAAUUCCUUGCUCCUGUUCUGGUUCUAGGCCUUCCCAGAUUUUCCCUCAACCCUGGAGUAGAGGACGGGAACAGGGGAUUAUUCCCGUAGUCUUGCUGUUUUUUCCAGGAUACUUUGGAGCAAGUUGGCAAUCCAAUAACUUUGGAGUGUGAAAAUAGCAAGCCUUAGCCCUUCGCUUGAGCUUUGAGCUGAAAAGGGGAUCACUCCUAGAAUCAUAGAGUUGCAAAUCACUGAGAACCAUCUAGAAACUAACAUGCAGCUGGGUUCAAACCCACAACCUUGGCGUUAUCAGCACCACACUCUGAGUUAUCAAGUUGCUAUCCCUGUGGUUUUGAACAUAAGAAUAGCCUGCUGAAUCAGGCCAAUGGAACAUCUACUCCAGCAUCCUGUUUUCACAGUAGCCAACCAGAUGCCUGUGGGAAGCUAGGGAGCAGAACAUGAGCAUAUUCCCCUCCGGUAGUUUCCAGCAUCUGGUAUUUCAAAGCAUUACUACCUCCAUCUGUGGAAGUAAAGCCUAGCCGUCAUGGCUAGUAGCCAUUGAUAGACCCCUCCUCCAUGAUUUUGUCUAAUCCUUUUUUAAAGCCAUCCAAGUUGGCGGUCAUUGCCCCCUCUUGAGGAGGCAAGUUCCGUAGUUUUGACUAUGCAAUGCAUGAAGAGGUAUUUUAUUUUAUCUGUCCUGGAUCUUUCAACGUUCAGCUUCAUUGCUGUGCUUCUAAAGUCCUCCUGUGACCACCUCAGGACUAGCGCUGCUCCUGAGAGACGACCCAUCCACUUUUUACAGCUCCAAGUUCAGGAGGGCAGCUGUGGCUUGUGCUGCCCAUCUUCUACUUUUGAGAUACAGUACCUCAAAAUCACCUUGCCAACAAAGGUCCGUAUAGUUAAAGCUGUGGUUUUCCCAGUAGUGAUGUAUGGAAGUGAGAGCUGGACCAUAAAGAAGGCUGAUCGCCGAAGAAUUGAUGCUUUUGAAUUAUGGUACUGAAGGAGACUCUUGAGAGUCCCAUGAACUGCAAGAAGAUCAAACCGAUCCUUUCUGAAGGAAAUCAGCCCUGAGUGCUCACUGGAAGGACAGAUCCUGAAGCUGAGGCUUCAAUACUUUGGCCACCUCAUGAGAAGAGAAGACUUCCUGGGAAAGACCCUGAUGUUGGGAAAGAUGGAGGGCGCAAGGAGAAGGGGACAACAGAGGACGAGAUGGUUGGACAGUGUUCUUGAAGCUACCAGCAUGAGUUUGACCAAACUGCGGGAGGCAGUGGAAGACAGGAGUGUCUGGCGUGCUCUGGUCCAUGGGGUCACGAAGAGUCGGACACUACUAAACAACAACAACAACACCUCAAAAUGCAUCUUACAUGCUUUUAACCUGUGCAGUUUCUGCCAUGCACAGGUGAAGGCCAGCCAGUUGAAAUUCUGUAAAUUAAGUGCGCCCAUUUCUGGCAUGGAAAGAGCUAUUAAGCUCCCUGUCUUGUUACCAGGCAAGGGCAGAUCAGUGUGCCUGCUCUGCAAGGAAAGGAUGUUCACACGGGGGUAUGUGGGGUGUGAGUCAGUGUUCGAUAUUGGCCCGGUCCCAGGCACAUUUUGUGACUGUUGCGGGCCCAAUUGCAACCACAUGGAGAUCUCUGAAUGCCAGGUUGGCAACUGGGGAAAGCAAAAUGUCCCUUAGUGAAGGAUCCGAAAUAUUUUCCUUGAAGCUUUAAUUAGUUUUAUUCUGGAUUGUUUUAUUUGGUGUUUUAAUGUGUUGCAAACUGCUUUGAGAUUUGUUCUUUAAAAUUUAAAGUUGUAUAAAAAUAAUAAUAAUAAUUAAUAUCAUCCCAUGGGAUGGGGAAAACAGUGCCUAGACAUUGCAUUGCGGCGACCAUAGCCCAGGUUUAAGGUGCCAUUUGGUGAUUAGAUAAUACAGUGGUACCUUGGUUCUCAAACGCCUUGGUACUCAAACAACUUGGAACCCAAACACUGCAAACCCGGCAGUAAGUAUUCCGGUUUGCAAACUUUUUUCGGAAGCUGAACGUGCUCCGUUUUGAGUGUCACGCUUCUGUUUUGAGUGUUAUGCUGAGGUCUGUCAGUUUUUGCGGCUUUUGUGUUUUGUUUUUGCAGCUGUGUGGAACCCAGUUCAGCUACUGAUUGAUUGAUUGUGUGACUGCAGUACAUUGUUUAUUGCUUUCAUUUUAUGGAUCAAUGGUCUCUUUAGAUAGUAAAAUUCAUGUCCAAUUUCUGUUUUGGGUGUGGAAUAGAUUAAUCCAUUUUGCAUUACUUUCUAUGGGAAAGUGCGCUUUGGUUUUGGAACAGCCUUCCGGAACGGAUUAAGUUUGAGAACCAAGGUACCACUGUAUAUCUGAGUUUCUGACACUGGUUUGAGUAUACGCAGCUUGUGUAUCAGUGCCAUCCCCAGAUCAUAACCCCCACAUAAGAUGUGAAUGUACUGUACUUGGAGCAUAGCAUGACUGUAGAGAUGAGAUCCUGUUCCCUCCAACUGCUCUAGUGUUGAAGGAAAGGAUGGGGCUCAUCCUGCUCAUCCCAGAAAGUCAUGCAACACUUCCUUUAGGGCAUGUGGAGAGUGGAAUUACGGGUCCCGUUAUGCAAACAUUGGGAAUUAAUCCAAUUCCUUCUCAGUGUCCCUUGCAAACUCUCUUGGAUUUCUUUGGUCACCCUUGGAGAAAAAUCAGCAGUUCUCUUUCCUAGUGAGAAUCUGGAGCUUUCCACCUUGAAACUUCCCCCCAACACUUCGUUUAAUUAAAUUUAAAAUAGAAACAGAAAGGACUUGCAAAAUUUAAGGAGAAAAGCUGAGCUUCCUGCAUUCAGUAAUGCCUUGGUUUAUGCCAAAAGCAGGCAUUCCACAGGAAGGCGGACAUUUUUGAAAUUUCUCAGAUGCAAAACUUUAUAGCCCACAAACAUCUGAAAUAUCCGUUCAGAGGGCUUGUUAGCAGCCGAGCUUAACUGUUUGUUAUUCUACUGAGCAGAGUUUAAAAUCCGAGCUGCAAUUUCAACUGAGGCUCGUUUGUAAAAGUUGGCACUGUGUGCAUAGCCAUUUUAGAGUUGUAUUAGGACUUUUCUAUUUAACUCCAGACUCCAGUGUAGGAACAUAAGAAGAGUGUGCUGGAUCAGGCCAGUGGCUCACCUAGGCCAGCAUCCCAUUUUUGCUGGACCAGAGCACAAGGGCGCACUCCCCUUCUGUGGUUUGUGAUAUGCAGAAACAGAAUGUCUCUGAUGGGGAAGGAGUUUGGUAUAGAAUAGUCAUAUGAGGCCUCAGGUUCUUGGGCACAGAAGCAGUGUUUGAAAUUAGCCAGGCGCCAGGAGCAUUUUGCACCUGGCUUUUGACCACUUGCGACCAAGUGAAGAUGUUGGGUGCCAGGAUAUUGUUUGUCAUAACCAUCUGGGGUCAUUGGAUCUGGGCUGUUUCCACACACCAGUACCCCAUCCUGUAGAAUUCUAUCAGUUAUAUUUUAUCUGCACAAUCAGAAUGAAUUUUGGGAAUCAAAUUGCAUUUUUUUCUGUGCAGCCUGAGCAGGAGAAGUCACCAUUAAGAAAAAGAGAUCAGAAUAGGCCAAUAUGCAUGUGGACUGUCCCUGACUGGAUCAAGUGACUUUGCUUCUUUAAGUUCUCAAAGCUCUUAACCUAGCUCAAGGUUGUCAUCUGAACUAGCCAGGUGUUUAACUGAGAAUCAAUCACAGUCAAGUCCUCCAUUUGAAAAAUAGGACUUUAGAGCCAUCUUACCCCCAAAUGUCAACUAGGCGUUCCAUUUUGGCGACUGUAGCCUUGGUUUAAGGAGCCAUUUGCCAGCUAGGUUAUAUAUCUGAGUUUCUAACACUGCACAGAAGUGCAUGGGUUUAAGGUGUGUGUAUGUGUGCGGGUGGCGCUGUGGGUUAAACCACAGAGCAUAAGACUUGCUGAUCAGAAGGUCGGUAGUUCGAAUCCCCCCGACAGGGUGAGCUCCCGUUGCUUGGUCCCAGCUCCUGCCAACCUAGCAGUUUGAAAGCACGUCAAAGUGCAAGUAGAUAAAUAGGUACCACUCCUGCGGGAAGGUAAACAACGUUUCCGUGUGCUGCUCUGGUUUGCCAGAAGCGGCUUAGUCAUGCUGGUCACAUGACCCGGAAGCUGUACGCCGGCUCCCUUGGCCAAUAAAGCGAGAUGAGCGCCGCAACCCCAGAGUCGGCCAUGACUGGACCUAAUGGUCAGGGGUCCCUUUACCUUUACCUUAUGUGCGCACCCACAAACACAUUCAUAUAGGGAAGGUGUGUGGUCUAGUUGCAAGGAACUUUACAGUGACUGUAAAUUGAUCAAUACGAUCCGCGCCAGGUUCCAGUCUAGACCAGCCUUUGCCAACCCGGUGCACCCCAGAUGUGCUGGACUACAACUCCCAACAGCCCCAGUCAGCAUGACUGCUGGCUGGCGCUGAUGGGAGUUGUAGUCCAAAACAUCUGGUGGGCAAAGACUGGUCCACAGAAUUCUGUUGUUCCAGUUCAACCCUCUCCUUCUAAUACCUUUACCUUACAGCUGUAGUUAUUGAUAUCGGCUUCCAGGAAGCGUUACCUGUUCUCUCCCUGGAGCACUCGCCUGCUAUGCUGACACCAGCCAGGAGACAGACAUCUGUGGUGUUCCAGUUUUAUGCUACUGACAGAUGCAUGUCUGAUAAAGCAAAACUGUUGCUCAACAAGCCACAUUAAAAACGAAAUAAAACUCACCCAUGCAGCCCUAUAAAGCAUGGGGAUUAUAUUGGUGAGAGCUGCAGGAGACAACUGCAUUUCUUCUUAACAUGUGGAAGGAAUGAGAGGAAGAUGGCAUUAGCCCUAUUGUGCUUUUAAUUUAACUUGAAAGGCUUGGGGGAAGCUGACAGCGCUUUCUGAAAGUCCAGAAUGUCUUCACUUAAAAAAAAUAACUCUACAGAUGAGCAAUAGCUUUCUUAGGCUCAACCAGAAUGCCAUGAAAGUUUAUCAGGCUUUCAGGUUCUCCAGAACGGCUCAUUAGUCAAGAUGCGGGGAAACUAGAGAUGCUACUUUUAUUUGUAAUGCAGUAAAAUAACUACUGCUUUAGUUACUGAACCAAAAUGUGGCUUUGUGUUUCAAAUUGAAUUGAAGAAAUGCCCACAUUAUGUGGUGGUUAUAAAAUUAUUCAGAGAAUUCUUUUGGGGGGGAAAGUCCAUCCACAGCAGCCUACACCUCAUAAGCAAACAGCAGAAUUUUAAAAGAAAAACACGACAAUUUAAAUAGCACUGUUUUGUUUUAUUAUUGUUUAAUAGAUGUUCAUCCUCUUUUAAGGAUCUUAGUUCAUAAGGAAUCCCUUUGUGGUGCCAGGGGUGGGGAAAUGGAAGCAAAAUACAUUUAAUAGCACAAAUAACAUUGACUUGCUGGGUUUUCACAGGCAGUAGGUAGGAGAGACGUCUAAAACCAGGGACAGAAAUGUAACUCAGAACUUCUGGAGCAAAUGAAAAUUCUGCAUUCUAGACUGGAGGACUGCAGCUAAUAAAUGCCUCUUAAUUGUAUAUCCUAAUAAUCUCCCCCUCCCAAGGCCAGGCUAGAUUUGGAAGAGCAUGGGGGAUGCAGUUCUUCUGCAAUGGAUGAAUGUUGUCGUUUAGUCGUUUAGUCAUGUCCGACUCUUCGUGACCCCAUGGACCAGAGCAUGCCAGGCACUCCUGUCUUCCACAGCCUCCUGCAGUUUGGUCAAACUCAUGCUGGUAGCUUCAAGAACACAGUCCAACCAACUCGUCCUCUGUCGUCCCCUUCUCCUUGUGCCCUCCAUCUUUCCCAGCAUCACGGUCUUUUCCAGGGAGUCUUCUCUUCUCAUGAGGUGGCCGAAGUAUUGGAGCCUCAGCUUCACGAUCUGUCCUUCCAGUGAGCACUCAGGGCUGAUUUCCUUAAGAAUGGAGAGGUUUGAUCUUUCAGUCCAUGGGACUCUCAAGAGUCUCCUCCAGCACCAUAAUUCAAAAGCAUCAAUUCUUCGGCGACCAGCCUUCUUUAUGGUCCAGCUCUCACUUCCAUACAUCACUACUGGGAAGACCAUAGCUUUAACUAUACGGUUCUUUGUUGGCAAGGUGACGUCUCUGCUUUUUUUUUGCUUUUUUAAGAUGCUGUCUAGGUUUGUCAAUGGAUGAAUAGUUGGCAGUAAUAUUUCAAAGUACAGUGGUACCUCGGGUUAAGUACUUAAUUCGUUCUGGAGGUCCGUUCUUAACCUGAAACUGUUCUUAACCUGAAGCACCACUUUAGCUAAUGGGGCCUCCUGCUGCUGUCGCGCCGCAGGAGCACGAUUUCUGUUCUCAUCCUGAAGCAAAGUUCUUAACCUGAAGCACUAUUUUUGGGUUAGCGGAGUCUGUAAACCUGAAGCGUAUGUAACCCGUGGUACCACUGUAUAUUAUGAGUGUGCACAAUGCUUUGUGUGGAAGUAGCCUAGAUUUAAUUACCAGCACUGGAAACAUCUGCAGGCAUGUAGUUACAGAAGAAAUAAAAUACCACCCUUCUUUGAGAAGAGCUGCAAAACGGAAUAAACUAAUGGCCCCUCCUUGGCGUGAUUCUAAACAGCUGGCACCCAAGUUUUCUAAAUACUGCUCAGGCUUUCAGCGGCAAGUGUUGUGGUUUAGGUAAUGCCAUGUGGAUAUUGUUAGAGCCAGCAAGGCCAAUGGCAAGGAAUGAUAGGAGUUGUAGUCUAGCAUCAUGUGGAAAACAGCUGGUUAGUGAUGGCUGCCCUACAGGAUAUUGAGAAUCAAGUGAUGUGAUGGCCCAGGAUGCAGUGUUAGAAACUCAGAUAUAUCAGCUAGGCGCCAAAUGGCUCCUUAAAGCAAGGUUACCGUCAUGAAAAAUGGAAUGUCUAGUUGCCCUUUUGGGGUAAGUCUUACUUUUCAAAUGAUGGACUGACUGUGAUUGAUUCUCAGUUAAGCUUCUGGGUAGUUCAGAUGACAACCUUGAGCUAGGUUAAGAGCUUUGAGAACUUAAAUAAGAAAAGUUGCUUGAUCCAGGGAUAGUCCUAUUCCGACCUCUUUUUCUUAAUGGUGACUGCUCCUGCUCAGGCUGCAUAGAAAAAAAAUGCAAUUUGGUUCCAGAAAUUCAUUCUGAUUGUGCAGAUAAAAUAUAACUGAUAGAAUUCUACAGGAUGGGGUAUUAGUGUGUGAAAGCAGUCCAGAUCCAAUGAUCCCCAGGCAUGCACAUAGCUGUCAACUUUUCCCUUUUCUUACGAGGAAUCCUAUUUGGAAUAAGGGAAAUUCCGACCAAAGAAGAAUGGCAGACGAAAUUAAUGGACUAUGCAGAAUUGGACAAAAUGACAGGAAGGAUUCGAAACCUGCAGGACCAGAGAUUUACAGAAAAUUGGAAGAAGUAUACGAAUUAUUUGAAGAGCAACUGUAAUCAACAAAUUAUGCUAGUAGGACUACAAGAAGUUUUGUAAGGAGAAAUAUACGAAGUGUUACAAAGUAGAAAAAGAUAGAGAAAUUGGUUAUGAGUUUGAAAUGUAAUAGGGAAGAUAAGAAAUGCAUACUGAGAUAUAUAUAUAUAUAUAUAUAUAUAUAUAUAUAUAUAUAUAUGGAAUUUCCCUUAAAAAAAGGGAAAUGUUGACAGCUAUGGGCAUGCACCUCCAGAUGGCAGAGAUGUCAGGCAUGCUCGCUUGGUCGCAAGUGGCCACCAGUCAGGUGCGAAAUGCGCCUGGCUCCUGGCUAAUUUCAAACACUGUCCAGAUGUCAAGGCAUUUGCUGUUUCCUCCUUGUAGAAACAAGCCAUUAAUACGAAACACGGGAUUUAUCUUCUGUGAAGUGAGUCUGGGCUACUGUCGAUCUCCUGUCUCCGGAUUGCUUUAAAUACUAAAUCUGGGGUUUUUUUGCCUUAGAAAAAGAAGCUGCUGUGCUAAUAAUCCACAUAGCCACUGUACACAGUGAGCCGCUUCAAAUGUAUACAUAUGCUGACGCCCUGCUGUUUGUCAGCCAGCUAUCAUCACAUGUAGAGUUAAGCUUUGUGCUUGUCUCCAGAGUAGGAGUUUUUGAACGUUUGUCAGAAGGUAUCAAAAAGCUGAUUCUGUGCACGGUGCUAGCUGGACGGGAUUGGAUAGCUCCAGGCAAGGAGCUAACAUGUAGAAUGGGAUUUGAGAUGAUCAUCCCCACAUACCCAUUGAUUGUCUGAAUUUUCUCUUUACUACAGCGCAGUUGAACCACAGUGCAAUGAAUUGGUUUCCACCAGGGAAUAAUGGUUUCCACCCGGGAAUAAUGCUCAUCUAUAUUUCCCUGUAUAUAUGUAGUUGAUUGACAGGUGCCCAUUAUUACGGAUGAAGUUGAGGCUUGCUCUCUGUGCUUUCCGUCUGUUUGACAACGAGGUAUUGCAUUGGUGUUGAUUCAAGUUCUGGCACAUUGCUCAGAGUUGCUCUGGCUUUUAAACAACAGGAAAAGGAAAUUUCUGAUGGGACCAAUGAGGCAUAAAAUAGGUUUGCUGGUAACCAAACAUAUGGUAGAUAAAAUGCUGCUUUCACUGCCCCCCCCCAUAUUGGGCAUACUGUAUCAUCAUAUUUAGAAGUCUCUCAGGGACACUAAAAGCUUCAAAAUAAGUAUUUUUGUGCAACAUUCUGCUAAGAGUAAUUUAAGUCAUUUAAAAAGUUGGUUUAUAUAAGUUCUGCUCUUCUGUUUUUGCCUAUAUAGACUUUCAUUUAUUUUAGAUGGCAACAUCUAUUAUCCAAGGGCUUUAAAAAUCUGUUCAUUUUUGCCUCACAUCAGGAAAUGUAUGACAAAUAUCGCAUUCGUGGCUUUUGAAACCCCCAAAAUAUUCCGAUCCAUUCUUGUCCCAAAAUAUUGAGUUGUGAUUUUUAAUAAUAAGAUAACGGCACAUAUUUUUCCCUCCCUGUAAACCAACUUAAACUAAUUAAAGUCUUAGCUCCAAAUAUUAUUUUUUAACACUCGGAAACAAUUCUCUUAAGUGGGAUGAGGAGGCAUAUUUAACUAGCAGACCUAUACAGAAGAACAUUAAAAUGUGCUGACUUCAGAGAGGCUUUAUUUAUGGUGUUUAUGAAUCACCCUUUGUUGAACAGAGCCCAGAGAGAUGUAUGUCAAAGGAUAAACAAUAAAAUUACACCAAUGAAUAAAACUAAAAUAUUCAUAAAGUCACACUAAUGGGAAAAAAACUAUCCACCCAUUGCUUUUCGGGGGAAACAUAUCGGACUGAAAAGGUGUGGUUAAGCAAGUGUCUUUAGCUGAGGUUUAAAUCCCAACAAUGAAGGGAGCAAGCACAAAUGGGAAGGUUAUUCCACCAAGCAGGAUUGAGCCAUUUGGUAUUGGAGGAGGCAGAUACUUGUGUCCUGUGCUACUUAGGUAAAGGUAAAGGGACCCCUGACCAUUAGGUCCAGUCAUGGCCUCGACAUUGGCCAAGGGAGCCGGCGUACAGCUUCCGGGUAAUGUGGCCAGCAUGACUAAGCCGCUAGCGGCAAACCAGAGCAGUGCACGGAAACGCUGUUUACCUUCCCGCCGGAGCGGUACCUAUUUAUCUACUUGCACUUUGUGCAUCUACUUGCACUUUGACAUGCUUUCGAACUGCUAGAUUGGCAGGAGCAGGGAGCUCACCCCGUCACGGGGAUUCGAACCGCCGACCUUCUGAUCGGCAAGUCCUAGGCUCUGUGGUUUAACCCACAGCGCCACCCACAUCCCCUGUGCCACUUAGGGCUUUAUAAACUGUUACCGACACCUUGGGCCCAGUAGCUUACAGGUUGCCAUUUCAGUGCAAUAGAACAACAUUUAUUUAUUUUAUUUAUUUAUUUAUUGAAUUUGUAUACUGCCCUAUACCUGGAGGUCUCAGGGUGGUUCUCAGAAAAGAUCACAAUAUAUAAAAUCAAAAUAAGAACAAUAACCGAGUAACACCCCCCCCCAAAAGAGCCGCAUUUUAAUUGGAUGUCCAUCAGGUCAACCAAAAGCCUGGUUUAAAAGGAACGUUUUUGCCUGGUGCCUAAAAGUAUAUAAUGAAGGCAUCAGGCAAACUUCCUGGGGAGAGCAUUCCACAGACGGGGAGCCACUACAGAGAAGGCCCCGUUCUUGUGUUGCCACCCUCCGGACCUCUCAAGGAGGAGGCACACAAAGAAGGGCCUCACAAGAUGAUCUCAGGGUCUGGGUAGGUUCAUAUGUAAAGAGGCACCAAAAAACGAACGUGUUUGCAUUAGGGGAUGUUCUGAAGUAGAGGACCUUAUGCAUUAUAUCUUGCACUGUCCGUUAUAUAAUGAUGCAAGAAAAAGAUUUUUGGUACCUAUAAUGACAGGGUCCCCUGGCCAGAACCCCCUUGAUAUGAUGUUAUAUCUCCUUACAGACACAGAUCAGUAUGUGACCUGGCGGGUAGCACUUUUUGCAACUGCUGCUAGGAAAAUUAGAGCAAAUUAUAUAGCGAAGGUAGCCGUUAACUGUAAAGGAGAUGAAUUUAUUUGAGCCUAUCUAUCUACCUCAGGCUAUGCUCUAUCUUUGUCACCAAACUCUGAGUAUAAAUUGCACACUGUAUUAAUUGAUAUUGUUUUUAACAUUAGUGACCAUGUGAUGAUUUUAGCUUAUGAAUUUUAUUGUUUAAUGUUUUUAUUUGUACAUUGGGGUACUUUUAUAGCUUUGUUUAGAGUAUGUACCGUAUUUUUCGCUCCAUAGGACGCACUUUUUCCCCUCCAAAAAUGAAGGGGAAAUGUGUGUGCGUCCUAUGGAGCGAAUGCAGGCUUUCGCUGAAGCCUGGAGAGCGAGAGGCGUCGGUGCGCACCGACACCUCUCGCUCUUCAGGCUCCAGGAAGCUAUCUGCAAGCCUUGCGCACCCGGGGGGAGUUCCCCUGGGCACUCAAGGCUUGCGGGCAGCAGCCUGCAGCGCGGAGCACGGGGCGCCCUCCGGAGGAUGCCCCGUGCCCGCGCAGGUGCCCGCAAGCCUUGCGCGCCCCGGGGGAGAUCCCCCCUGGGCGCGCCCGGCUUGCGGGCGGCAGCCUGCAGCGCGGAGCACAGGGCGCCCUCGGAGGACGCCCCGUGCUUCGCGCAGGUGCCGGCAAGCCUUGCGCACCCGGGGAAUCUCCCGGGAGCGCAAGGCUUGCGGGCGGCAGCCUGCAGCGCGGAGCACGGGGCGCCCUCGGAGGACGUCCCGUGCUCGCGCAGGUGUCCGCAAGCCUUGCGCACCCGGGGAUCUCCCCGGGAGCGCAAGGCUUGCGGGCGGCAGCCUGCAGCGCGGAGCACGGGGCGCCCUCGGAGGACGCCCGUGCUUCGCGCAGGUGUCGGCAAGCCUUGCGCACCCGGGAUCUCCCCGGGAGCGCAAGGCUUGCGGGCGGCAGCCUGCAGCACGGAGCACGGGGCGCCCUCGGAGGACGUCCCGUGCUCGCGCAGGUGUCCGCAAGCCUUGCGCACCCGGGGGAUAUCCCCCCGGGAGCGCCAGGCUUGCGGGCGGCAGUCUGCAGCGCGGAGCACGGGGCGCCCACGGAGGACGUCCCGUGCGUCGCGCAGGUGUCCGCAAGCCGUGCGCGACCCGGGAUCUCCCCGGGAGCGCAAGGCUUGCGGGCGGCAGUCUGCAGCGCGGAGCACGGGGCGCCCUCCGGAGGACGCCCCGUGCUUCGCGCAGGUGUCGGCAAGCCUUGCGCGCCAGGGGGGAUCUCCCCCCGGGAGCGCAAGGCUUGCGGGCGGCAGCCUGCAGCACGGGGCGCCCUCGGAGGACGUCCCGUGCUUCGCGCAGGUGUCUGCAGCCUGCCGCCCGGCGCGUGGGGCGCCCUGAAGCAGAGCGCCCCUCACGCCGGGCAGACAUGGCCAGCCCCACAAGCUCGGGGACAACGGGAGGCGCAGCGCCGCCAUCCCACUGUUCCCCGACCUGAGUUUGGGGGAAAUAAAGGAAAAUUUUUUUUCCUUUAUUUCCCCCCCCAAAAAGUAGGUGCGUCCUAUGGGACGGAGCGUCCUAUGGAACGAAAAAUACGGUAAUGUUUUAAUAAUAUAAAUGUUUUAAGUCUUUUUUUACCAAUUCAGUAUAUUUUCUUUUAAUUGUCAAAUAAUUCUGUGAACAUUGCAGCAGCCUUUGGCUAUGUGCAAUAAAACUGACUGAGACUGAGACUAUGUAAAGAGGCGGUCCUUGAGGUUUGCGGUCCUGAGCUGUUUAUUUGCAAGGUCUCCCACCUGCCCAAUGGGCCUUUCCCUCCCUCCUCCCUUCCCAGCUCCCAUCAUUCCACUAGCCAACAUAUGCAGUAGUCAGGAAGGAUGGCAGCUGUAGUCCAGCAAGAUCUGGAGUGACAAAUAUACCCCUUAACUGAUUUAAGAGGGUUAAGUAAUUUGCCUGACUUUUUUUACACAAAUAGUUGCAGUAGCUGUUUUUAUACAUACAACACAAAUUUCUCAUGAGACUGCAGGGAGAAAAAAGUCCAACCACUUUCUUUCCUUUUUUGUUGCUCAGAACUGUAAAUCACAUGUGCUAUGAACUUGCAUGAAUGUUUUUAGAAAGAAAAACACCCUAACAGGAAAUGAGGCUUAAACCCAUAUAGUUGACAUGAUGUUUGCAACAAAAGGAAGGAAAUUCAGCGUUAAGGCUGACAUCCCACCUUCAGCAGGGCUGGGUUGGUGUGAGUGAAACAUUUCUUUUCAGUUUUCUUUUCCAUUUAGUUUUGUGUUAAGUGUUACUUAAGGCUAAUCUCUGUGUGUAUUUGAGCGAAAUACACACAUGAAGUGUUUUGCAGGUAUAUUUCUACAUAUGUGGGUCUUGUUGUUCCUUGUGCGUUUUGCAUAGGGGUCCUCACUGUGUUUUGUAUUGUAACUGGCAAUGUGCCUGGCACCAGCCUGGUUCCUUUAAAAACGGUGCGGUGUUCAUUAUUUAUACAUUUUGGCCAGACCUCUGAUUGCAUCACCUUUGGCACAUGCAUUGUUGUAACAUAUUUGGCUCUUUGGGAUGUUAUAGUGAGAGCCAAAUCUUUUAUGUUACGGUAUGUUACUGAUUUUAAAAUGAAAGUCUUACAGCUCUAGAGACUUUUAGUGUAUGAAGUGCUCUUCUGGUUUUCUUUAUUUUCACGGUUACUCUCUCAAGUAUCAAAUCAACAUAAGUCUGAUUUCAAAGUGUUUACAAUUAAACCUUUUUUUAAUAUAUUAAAAACAACAACAGUACAAUAGUCAUAUUCAGUAAGCCUCAUUGCUACAGCAGGGCUUUUACCUUUGUCUUUCCUUAAAUAAAAGAUACCCAGUCAUCAAUGGAAGAUGCUUCUGGCUCUUUAAUCUUACCACAACACAUCUUUGGAGCAAAGGCAGUUUUCCCUGCUUGUUUUACUUACAUGUUUCCAUUCCACCUUUUCUAAACUUGCAAGAACAAAUCUGUCAAAUCAAUAAAUGAACUCACCGCUAUAGAUAUGAUGAGCUUUCCUAUGUGUGGUGAUAAAAAUAAUUGCCACCUCCCACAGUCAAAAUCUGCUCCAUUAUAUCUCUGCUCAUGCCCACUAUAAGAUGCCGAUCCAAAAAGGAAUCCAUAACAUUGUGUACCAAGGAUCUGAAGACUCUGAAGCAGUUAGGUUUGCCAGGCAAUGCCUUCAACAAUAAAGGAAUAAUCACAGAUAAGAUCCCCCUUCCCACCACCACUGGGGAAAACUUACACUGCCUCUCAUUUUCAUUUACAACUCUUAGCAGGACUUCUCCAGUUGAUCUCGUUGGAUGGGGGGCAGUUUUAGUAUGCUGCUGAUAUCUCAGAUAAAUCAACCUUGUCAAUAAAUUCAUAAAAGUGAUGAGUCUUUAAAAACAAAUAGUCCUUGGGACUGCAAGAGGAGAGAUAAGCGCUCCAUCCCUCUUGCGUCGACCUACUGAAUUUUAGUGCUGCAGUUUCCCUCCUCUGCAAUCCGAGCCUUUUGGGUUUGCCGAUCAGAAGGUCGGUGGUUCGAAUCCCUGUGACAGGGUGAGCUCCAGCUGCUUGGACCCAGCUCCUGCCAACCUAGUGGUUCGAAAGCAUGCCAGUGCAAGUGGAUAAAUAGGUACCACUGUGGCGGGAAGAUAAAUGGAGUUUCCAUGCGCUAUGGCUUCUUUCAUGGUGUUCCAUUGCACCAGAAGCGGUUUAGUCAUGCUGGCCACAUGGCCCGGAAAGCUGUCUGUGGACAAACGCCGGCUCCGUCAGCCUGAAAGUGAGAUGAGUGCUGCAACCCCAUAGUCACCUUUGACUGGACUUAACCGUCCAGGGGUCCUUUACUUUUACCUUUAUCUCUGCAAUCCGUUUGGUUCGUAAAGAGGGACGGAGCACUUGUCUCUCCUUGGCCAGCCUCCUCACUCACCUGCACGUAAUUCCUUGUCACCUGUGGCUACCAGGCUUGUGCUUGAAUAUAGAGCUGAGAUUACCUAACGAAUAUUGGACAGAUUCUUCAUUCAUCAUUAUUUUUAAUUUGUAUACCAUCUUACAAUAUUCAAGGCGGUCUACAGGUUGAAGAAACAAAAAAAUGUACAUCUUAUAACAAUGUAAUGCAAUACAAAAAUGUGAUAAUAAAACGUAACUUUAAAAUAAGCAACCUACAUCAAAAAAAUAACAUUCAACAAUCAUUAGAAUAGUAAAUAAUAAUAAUAAUAAUAAUAAUAAUAAUAAUAAUAUCAGCAUAUAGAUUCAGUUAACAUUUCCUCUUAAUGGAAUUUAGGAUGAGAAAUGUGUGCUUGCAAACAUCCCAUUGCAAAAGAGAGCAAUGUACUGUAUUUUUCGCUCUAUAAGACGCACCAGACCAUAAGACGCACCUAGUUUUUGGAGGAGGAAAACAAGAAAAAAAUAUUCUGAAUCUCAGAAGUCAGAACAGCAAGAGGGAUCGUUGCGCAGUGAAAGCAGUGAUCCCUCUUGCUGUUCUGGCUUCUGGGAUAGCUGCGCAGCCUGCAUUCGCUCCAUAAGACGCACACACAUUUCCCCUUACUUUUUAGGAGGGAAAUAGUGAGUCUUAUAGAGCAAAAAAUACAGUAAACAUUCAGAAUAUGCAUGCAGUAUCCAAGGAACUCAUCUGUGUUGCUUGUUUGUGUUCAGAAGUUCACAGACAAAGGAGGCUGGUGGCCGGUUUCCAAAGAGAUGAUUCACUUUCCCUCUGGGAAUUGUCAUAAAAUGGAUGACUCUUUCUGUGGUUGCUUGAAGAGCGUCUCUCUCUCUCUUCCCCCCCCCUUCUGCAAAAGACUAUGCACCCUCUCCAGUAAAAACAGACAAAAUUCUUGCCCUCUUAGCUUGUCCUCAAAUUCUCAAAGAAUGCUAACUGUCAAUUUGUACUAUAUUUAGCUAAUUGCUACUUCAUAGUACAUCCUAAUUACGUGUGCCCAUUUUCUGCUGAAUCCAGAUAGCAGUCCUGCCACUAGAAGUUGUUGUUGAAUCUGUAAAAGUGUGACAACUUCUGAUACAAGUGACAAGCCGAAAUUGCAAAUCGAAAGGCUUUUCUGACAAUCCUAUUUUCCUCCAUGGGGUUGUCAUUGCAGUGAUUUAAGGACACAUGCAAAACCUUUGCAUCAGAAUUGAAAAUCCACAUGAAUUAUCCAGGAAAAGGAACAGUAAGCAAGUUCUGGCGUGCCUCUAGAAUCUUGAUUAUGGAGUUUCUGGGAAAACAUUUUUGCUGAAAUAAUUUCAUACUCCCGCUGAAAUAAUUCCAAGAAUUCUGCCCUGCAUUCAAGAUUUCAAAGCAAGAACUAGACAUUACCUUGGCAGAUGCUUUUGCUUCCAAACCUGUGUUUGUUGGGGUAAUAAUACGUUUGCAGAGGAGGCAUUUGCAAUGUUUCUAAGGUGAAGGGGGUGCCCACUGUGAGGCCAGUUCGCCUGCCAAAGGCCUUGAAUCCUGUUGUUAUGAGAAAAAGCUGCUCCUUUUCCCUUAUGGGGUCCCCAAGAGCCCAUGUAGAGUCCUUUUGUAGGUUCUCUAUUGGUAAGAGAAAAUAACAGAGACUAGCCAGAGAAUAUUGAGAAGCAAAGCAGCCAGUAAGCCUGAUCUUUAUUAAAGCUGUUGCAACAGGGUGCUCCUCCCCCCCCCCCGAGGAGGGGGCAAGGCACCCAGAACAAAGGUGUGCCCGCCCUUAUAUAGACUUUGAAAUUGCCCACCCUCAGACUCCAGACCACCACCCAGAAACAUCAUAUGUACAUCACAGAAUGGGUGUAGCCCAGGACCACUUCCCCCAAUACAUCAUACAUACAUCAUAGGGGGCAGUCUCAAACAGAAUCCUGAGUGUGUUGUUUAUCUCCUGUCUGCCAUUUACCUGAUUGAAUUAUCUGGGUUUUGGCCACUCUGUUGUUGUUAUAACUACUUAAUUCCUGAAUCCAGGUCACAGGCUCACCCUAUUCACACCUUAGUUAAGGUAAAGGGACCCCUGACCAUUAGGUCCAGUCACGGACGACUCUCGGGUUGCGGCGCUCAUCUCGCUUUAUUGGUCGAGGGAGCCGGCGUACAGUUUCUGGGUCAUGUGGCCAGCAUGACUAAGCUGCUUCUGGCAAACCAGAGCAGUGCACGGAAAUGCCGUUUAACUUCCCGCCGGAGCGGUACCUAUUUAUCUACUUGCACUGGUGUGCUUUCGAACUGCUAGGUUGGCAGGAGCUGGAACCGAACAACGGGAGUGGGGAUUCGAACCACCGACCUUCUGAUUGGCAAGCCCUAGGCUCUGUGGUUUAACCCACUGCGCCACCCGCAUCCCAUUCACACCUUAAAUGUGCCCUUAAGGCAGGAUUUGUGAGCACAGAGACAAUGGGGAGAUUUCCCAUUUCCUUCGACCUUGCAGAGAAAUAUUUGUGGUCAUUUUGGGAGAGAGAAAAUUGUUUUAGGACUUUUCUGUGGGUUUCAGACAUGUGGUUUACAUAUUUGUAUGUGUUUGCUUGGUAUAUUUAUGAAUAUAUAUAUAUAUAUAUAUAUAUAUGGCCUCAAAAUUCUUAUAACACUGUUUUGGAUCCUGGAUGGGGAGAAAUGGAGAAAGGUGUUGUCAGGAAAGAAUCUUUGGGGAGAGGGAAGGGUCGAUUACCUCCCUCCCAUUCACAAAUCCUCUGCAUUAACAUUACCAGAUAAAAACAGACUUGGUAAUCCUCAAAUUGCCUCACGAUCUGUGGCUUUAACCUCCAGGUGACCUUUUUGUACUUGGUCAUUCUGAAGAAUUUAUUCAUGCUGAAGUAUAUGAGGUCAUAACGACUUAAGCAUAAGAGAAAAACAUUUUCCCCCAGUAGUUAGUGAUUGAUUUAUUUUUUUUAAAAAAUACUCCUUCAUUAUGCAAUCAUUUUGCUGGAAAGGGCUGUGAAUUUUUAAUAUUGCACCAUAAUGGAAAACCUGCCACAUCUCAUACCCUCCAACAUUUCGCUGAUUUAAAUAGGAACAUCCUAUUCAACAGCAAGAAUAACAACAAUAUUUAUACCCCACCCUUCUGACUGGGUCGCCCCAGCCCCUCUCAGCAGCUUACAACAUACAUAAAACAUAAUAAAACAUUAAACAUUAAGAAACUUCCCUAAGCAUGGCUGCCUUCAGAUAUCGUCUAGGUUGUAUAGUUACUUAUCUCCUUGGCUCUGGGGUCAGAUAGCUCCAUGCCCCCUUACAUUUCUCCAGUAAAAAUAGGGACAUCCUAAGGAAAAGUGGGACAUUUUGGGAUCAGAUCAGAAACUAGGGACAGCUUCUGUAAAUCUGGGACUGUCCCUGGAAAAUAGGACAAUUGGAGGGUCUGAUUUGCUCUAUGAGUCUCCAUCAAAUCUAUGCACUUGCAUGAUGGCUGUUUAAUCACUAUAGCAGUGCUUGGAAUUUUUUGAACUCCUACGGCAUGGUGUGAACACAGACCCGGCUUCUGUAUAAACCCGGAAGUGGUUUAUACUCGCACUCACUGUCCUCAAAACAAAUCCUUCAGAAUGCAGCCAUUGUUCUACCACAUUUUGGAAGGCUGGUCUGUCUUCCAUCUUCUUCCCAUCCACGUGAAGUCGAUGGGCAUGUGGAAACACUGUUGGACAACCAUCUUACUGAGAAGCUUUGUGGAUUAAUUCCACACACACACACACACACACACACACACACACACGGGAGUGGCAGGGUUAAGAAACUGUUGCCCUAGGAAGGCUGACUGUGCAAGGAUGGAAAUGACCUAACCUCUGUAGGACUGACAUUUGACCUGUCCUUCACUGCCAGCUUCCCCACCAUAGAAGCCAAAUCCUAGGGCAGGGGUAGGCAACCUAAGGCUCAUGCAAUUGUUUUUGUCUGGAUAAACCAAAACAAAAGAGCCUGGGCAAUAGAAGAUUGCAGAAGGUCCUCAAGUGCCAUGUUCUCAGCCAAUCAUAUUGUUCAGGAAGCCUCAGUUGUAUAUGGGUGUUAGCCUUUGAUAACCUUCUGAGAAGAAAUAAUAAUAAUAAUUUAUUAUUUAUACCCCGCCCAUCUGGCUGGGUUUCCCCAGCCACUCUAAUAAGUGACCAAUAACAUUCAAAAGUGUGUUUGGAGAGGUGGAGGUGGGUUAGAUAAGUGCUAAUGAUUGUAACCUGCCUUCCAAAUGGGUAGAGUUGGUAAGCAAGCAGGCCUAAGAUGAUCAAUGCUUGCUUCUACUUCCCGCUUGCAAUACUUUAAGGAAUUGCUUGUGAUGAAGAUCAGUUUCUUGAUGUAUCCCUUUGCUCCGAAAACAGUGUUAAAUUGCUUGUUUCUCUGCUGAUCAAAUUUGGAACGGUUUCUCCCUCCCUCCCUUUAUACCUGCAAUGAAGGAUUACAUUUCACGAAUCUGAUAAAAUUGACUUUAUUGUCUAUAACACUAAAGGUUAUAGUUUUGUUUUUUUAGAUAUAUGUUCCAAGGCCACCGCCUUGCCAGAGAAAACUCUGCAACUUAGUUUAGUUUUUGUUUAGUAUUUUAUUUUAUUUUUUUAAAAAAGUUUUGCCUGAGGUAUGUUGAUUAAAGGUUAUGCCAUAAUAAAAUGGUUAGCCUUCUAGGUGCCACAAGACAGUAUGUGAUUUUGACUUUCAGAAGGGUGAUUUAAGAUGGAUAUUGUGAAGAGUUAUUUCAUUUCUAAGGAUUGUAUUCAAAUGUAUUAUACUCAAAAGACCCAUUGAAAUUAAUGGACCUAAACGUCAGUGGAUCUGCUCUGUGUAUGAUUAAUGUUGGAUAUUGCCCUAAAAGUCUGACCCAAUGUUUGUAGAUCUCUGGGUGGCAUUAGUUGUGUUAUCAAGCACAACUAAACGGCUCAGGACCGCAAACCUCAAGGACCGCCUCUUUCCAUAUGAACCUAUGCGGACCCUGAAAUCAUCUUUUGGAGGCCCUCCUUCAUGUGCCUCCCCCUUGAGAGGUCCGGAGGGUGGCAACAUGAGAACGGGCCUUCUCUGCAGUGGCUCCCCGUCUGUGGAAUGCUCUCCCCAGGGAAGUUCGCCUGACGCCUUCAUUAGAUACCUUUAGACGCCAGGCAAAAACUUUCCUUUUUAACCAGGCCAAGCAGACCUAAUCAACAUCCUAUGCCCUUUAAAAUGUGUCUCUUUUUUGGGGGUGUUAUUAUUGUUUUUAUUUUUAUUUUAUAUCUUGUGAUUUUUUGUGUGAACUGCCCUGAGACCUCUGGGUAUAGGUAAAGGGACCCCUGACCAUUAGGUCCAGUCAUGAUGGGGUUGUGGCGCUCAUCUCGCUUUAUUGGCUGAGGGAGCCGGCGUACAGCUUCCGGGUCACGUGGCCAGCAUGACUAAGCCGCUUCUGGCGAACCAGAGCAGCACACAGAAACGCCGUUUACCUUCCCGCCGGAGUGGUAUCUAUUUAUCUACUUGCACUUUGACGUGCUUUCGAACUGCUAGGUUGGCAGGAGCAGGGACCGAGCAACGGGAGCUCACCCCGUCGCGGGGAUUCGAACUGCCGACCAUCUGAUCAGCAAGUCAUAGGCUCUGUUGUUUAACCCACAGCGCCACCCACGUUCCGGGUAUAGGGCGGUAUAUAAAGUCAAUAAAUGAAUGAAAAUGAAUAGUUUGCUCAGUUAUCACCGUUUAUCUUGAAAAAGCAACCCCAAUUUACUUCAGGAAAGCUUUGCUUCCGUACCUGGUUUGUAUGUAGGAACAAAGUAAAUGUUUGGAACAAAUGUAAAUUUGUCACGUUAAAUAAAGCAUUCUUUUUUUGUCCGCAGCUGAUGAUCAUUUAUCCAAAAUGCUUGAUGGCAAAUUCAAAAUGGCAGCACUUUGCAAGUUUUGUGACGUGAUACCAACCAGCUGCGGGAAUGAGGGCCAUUGCAUGAGUGGCUGUAACAUCACUUCUAUAUGUGCGGAUAAGAAUGAAGUUUGUGCUGCUGUCUGGUAAGUUCACUCUGGCUACCUACAAGCAUGUGCAUUUGGUCUAUAGUUUUCUUAACCUGCAAAAGUAUAAAUUAAAUGUUGUUCAGAACUUGCGAAGUCAGGGCUUUCUUCAAUUCCAUGUUUCCACCAUUCAGAUAGGGUUGGCUCUGUAAUAUAUGUGUUUGUAAUUUGAUACUUGGUCAAAAGGUCUAGAGACUGAUGGCAACUAAUAAUUAUUUCAGUUCUCAGUAACGCAUUAGAUGCAUAUAGCCUUAACCCGUGAUUCUUCAUUCCAAAAUAAGAAUGUACAAGAUUAGUAGUGAUAUACUUGCAUUCUAGUACAGUGGUACCUCGGGUUACAUACGUUUCAGGUUACAUAGGCUUCAGGUUACAUCCGCUUCAGGUUACGGACCUCCGGAAUGAAUUAAGUACUUAACCCGAAGUACUACUGUACUAACGAAAAUGCCACGCUUGCCAAGUUUUUGAUUUUCCUUGUCUCAAAAGAGAUUGGGGUAUCUUGUUGGCCACUGUGAAAACAGGAUUCUGGGUUAGAUGGGACCUUGUUCUCAUCCAGCAGGCUCUUCUUAUAGUCUUAUGAAUUAUUCUUGCUUUGAGAGUAUCAGAAUUCCCAGGAAUGUAGUGGUGACUCUUGAUUUCUGGCACACACCUCAAUGGAGUUGUGAAAUCUGUCAAAACUGCAAUCUGAUGUUUCUUACCUGGAUAGGUCAUGGAAUCAAAUCACAAGAUGUUCCCUAAUACCGUGGUACCUUGGGUUAAGUACUUAAUUCGUUCCAGAGGUCCGUUCUUAACCUGAAACUGUUCUUAACCUGAAGCACCACUUUAGCUAAUGGGGCCUCCUGCUGCUGCCGCGCCGCCGGAGCACGAUUUCUGUUCUUAUCCUGAAGCAAAGUUCUUAACCUGAAGCACUAUUUCUGGGUUAGCGGAGUCUGUAACCUGAAGCAUAUGUAACCUGAAGCGUAUGUAACCCGAGGUACCACUGUAGUAAACUUUACCAGCUCCUGCAUAGAUAAAAGUGAUGACAUUACUUUGCUGACACUGUGUUUGUGUCUAGUAGGGACACGGGUGGGACUAUGGUCUAAACCACUGAGCCUCUUGGGCUUGCCGAUCAGCAGGUCAGAAUCCCCAUGACGGAGUGAGCUCCCGUUGCUCUGUCCCAGCUCCUGCCAACCUAGCGGUUCAAAAGCACAUCAGUGCGAGUAGAUAAAUAGGUACUGCUGCGGUGGGAAGGUAAAUGGCGUUUCCGUGUGCUCUGGUUUCCAUCAUGGUGUUCCGUGCGCCAGAAGUGGUUUAGUCAUACUGGCCACAUGACUCGAAAAGCUGUCUGUGGACAAACGCCGGCUCCCUCGGCCUGAAAGCGAGAUGAGCGCCGUAACCCCAUAGUCACCUUUGACUGGACUUCACCGUCCAGGGGUCCUUUACCUUUUUACCUUUUACCUUUGUGUCUAGUCAAAGCAGAUGUCUGGUACAUGUGCAAAAUCUGUACAAACUAAGAUACAUACUGGCAACAUCUAUAUUAUACUAAUAUAAAAGAUCGGCAGCAUGAUAAUUUUCCAAAAGGAUACAAGAUUAAAAAUGAGCACUGUACCAAUCACAGUUUCAGCGAUGGAGUGUCAUUCUUCAAAGGUGCCAGAUCCUUCUUUAUAUUUAAAUUCCUUUCUAAAAUAUAUAAUUCUGUCCUUGAUAACAUGCUAUAGAAUGUCAGCAUUGGAAAUAUUAGAACCAAGUUACACAUCCAGCUGUGCAAAAUUAUAUAUAAAAUACAAGCUGCCUGAAAACCCUCCUUCACAAGCCAAAGGAAAGAACAAACUGCAGUAUACCAAUUUAUUUUGAUUUAUUGGGCAUUUGUGGUGGGGUGUGUGUGUGCAUACAAACACAUGUAAGUUCAAAUUUUGCUGGAUCUGAUUUUUACCCUGCCUUACAACUUGUAAGGAGAAUGGACAGUUCCAGUGCAUGGCUGCUGGUACACAAAAAGAGGGGCUUGGAGAAGUGUUACCUAUCAAUGCUGUGACUUGCAACAAGAGACCCAUCACAGCGUUACAGCACCCAACCAUUCUGGAUUCUAGCCAGGGCCGGAUUUAGGUUUGGUGAGGCCCUAAGCUCCUGAAGGUAAUGGGGCCCUUUAUAUGUCCAGCUAUGGGACGCGGGUGGCACUGUGGGUUAAACCACUGAGCCUAGGACUUGCUGAUCAGAAGGUCGGCAGUUCAAAUCCCCGCGACGGGGUGAGCUCCUGUUGCUCGGUCCCUGCUCCUGCCAACCUAGCAGUUCGAAAGCACAUCAAAGUGCAAGUAGAUAAAUAGGUACCACUCCAGCGGGAAGGUAAACAGCAUUUCCGGGGGCUGCUCUGGUUCGCAGAAGCGGCUUUGUCAUGCUGGCCACAUGACCCGGAAAGCUGUACGCUGGCUCCGCAACCCCAGAGUCGGCCAUGACUGGACCUAAUGGUCAGGGGUCCCUUUACCCUUUACCUUUAUAUGUCCAGCUGUCCUUUGUCAACAACAAAUUUUUGCUGUUUUUUGUGUUGAAUAUAUGCUAUAUGGUCAUUUAUGGACCUCAUAGGUAUCUAAAGCCAUUUGCACAUGUUGCCAUGCAGUCAGUCCAUGCAGAAUGUAGGCACCCUAUAUAUUGAAAUGAGCAAACCAAUGAUGUUUUAGGGAGCAGGCGGGGCCCAUUAGUUACAUCAUAGGAGCCUACACAACACAAAACACUGUUGCUGUAUGUAGGUUUUAUUUUAUUUGUGUUUUACCUUAUAUUUUGGAAAUGUACGUCCAGUUUUUUUCCUCCUUUAAUUUUUCGGGGGGCCCCCAAGAGAGUGGGGCCCUAAGCUGUAGCUUGUUUAGCUUGUACGUAAAUCCAGCACUGCAUAGGAAGUAGGGAGGAAGCGGUGAGGCUUUGGAAAUGGUAUUGGUUCUUCCAGAGCCUGUUUAUCCUAUUCGGAAGAAAGGUUUGGUCCUAGGGUAUGGCACUGUUGGAGGAGUGCCAGACUUCCUCCUACUGAAAGUUCAAACACACAGAAGAAGAGGCAGAGACAUCACAUGCUAUAAAUAAACUAGGUUAGUUUAUUCUUCCUGAAGAAUAGGAGAAGGAUGAAACAAUGAUCAUCCAUAUCUUGCAAACACCUAUAUCCGGGGAUGUCAGAGAAUUCCAACGGAAAUGGGAGAGGAAAUUGCCAAUGCUCGCUCAAUGGUCCCAUCUCUGCAAGAGAAAUCAGUUAAAUGAAUAUGAUCGGUAUUUACUAAUGCCGUUUUCUGUCUGCAAAAAAUACAUAAUUGACAACACACAGACACACACACUCCAGUUUGUGUUGUGUUUCCUUUGCAUCGGUAUGACUGGUGUAGAAUAACAUACUGAUAAUUAAGGACCUGAAUUCCACCACAGUGGACAGCAAGAUGGGGGAGAAUACUGGAUUUGCUGGAAGCUGAACUGCACCAGAACGGAAACAGGGAUGUCUUCUUACAUCCCUGCAUGAAUCCUACGAUAUCACAAAAUCCAUUGUACUAGUGGUUGGUUUCAUAGGUCAUAAAAUGUUGCCCCCUGUGUCUGGAGCAACUUUGCAACCAUUUGUGCAGACCCAGGGACUGCCACCUCUGAAAUUUCUGUAUUCCUAUCGGGCAGUUGGCUUUCACUGACUUAAAAAUCAGCUGAAAGUUACCUUGAACUGUGGUCCUGUUGCUAGUUGGCCAGCUUCAUAUGUCAGGCUGAUGUUGGGCACAUCUGAGAUGUACACCCUAGGGAUUUUUGCAUCUCUGGGUUAUAUCAGCCAUGAUCCACCAUGUUGGACAAAACCACUAGACAUGUGCUUGCAAAAGGCUCCCUAGAACACCUGUCUGAGAUUGCAAGAGAAAGAGAGAGGGCAAACAUCACGUAGACCUCAGUACAUGGCAUUUAUCUUAGUGGGACACAUGUUGUACAAGUUUGAAUUAUGCGAUGAACAGGCGGAAUGCAGGGCAUUUUUGUUUUCGUUGUUUUUGUUCUUCCUUGUGUCUCACCUUUCAUCCAAAUUGGUUCCCAAGAUGACUUACAGGCACAAAACUCCAUGCUGACAAAUCUUGGAAAGAAUUAAGUUCACUCUGGUGAAGGAUAGCACUGUCACUCUGGAAAGAUGCAUUUCGAACCAUUUGCCCGCAAGCAGCGGCACCAAAACUAACCCAGCAUAAGUUAUGGAGAAGUUGUAGCUGCGAUAUUGUCAAAGUUUAUAUGAGACUCGACAACUGGCUAGCUUUACCUUGAAUGCCAGCCCUCUACCUUCAGUUUCAUGUUGCCAUUGUUUUGAUUAUUUCUGCUGCUGCUGUUUAAAAAAUCCUGUUCUUUUACAGGAGGAAGAAUGAUGAAAACAUAACCUUGGAAACAAUAUGUCAUAAUCCCGCACAAAAGCUGCACGGGCACAUUUUGAGUGACCACAAUUCGGAUAAGUGUAUAAUGAAAGAGAUGAAGGGAGAUGGUGGUUUGCUGUUCAUGUGCUCCUGCAAAGAGGAAGAAUGCAACAACGAGCUUAUUUUUUCAGGUAAGCCUUUAUGUGUGUGUGUAAUGGUUUCGUUUUGAAUAUGCAUUGCUCUUUAAAUUUGCUUUCCUCCCCUUACCCCCUUCCCGUUACGCUGUUGGGUGUGGUGUUUGUGGGGUGUGUGUGUUCUUUUUAGGAUAUCCUCUCAUAAUAGAAUUUCCUGUUGUGAAACAUCCUAACCUUUGUCACAGUAGAAAAGGCCAGAGGUGUUUCAGCAGGAAUCAGAAUUGAGGAGCUAUUUUGUCACUUUAAGGUCUGCAGUGUUAGUGUCACGCAUGCAUGCUGUGUGAUGUGGGCACCACAUGCCAUGUGACGUGUUGCACUCCGCAUGGCUUGUGUACAUGACGUGAGCACAUCACGUGCGCCAGCCUCCUCAGUCGUGCUUUGUAGCCGCGUGAGUCCCUGACGUCGCCUCCAGUGUGGGACUACCAGGAAUGACUUGCAUAGAACGGCCUCAUAGGCCAGAUUGGGAGCCCCGUUGGGCCAAAUUUGGUCCGUAGGCUGCAGGUUCCCGACCUACAGAAUAUAAGGAGAGAGACGUCAACGCCAAGCCGAAAUUGCUAAUAAUGUUAUUGUUCUAUUAUAUUUGUAAACCACUUUGAGGGUGUGUUUUCUUAAACAAUCCAGCGGUAUAUAGAUUUCGUGAAAUGAAUAAAGCCAAGGCAGUUUGCCUGCUCAGUAAGGGUGAAUCGUAACGCUAUAAACGGAUUAGCAGAGAGUACGAAGCGGAGGACCAGGGAGGAAAUGUGAGGUAAACGAAAACUUAUUUCAAGUCAAGAUCAAUGCAGUUUUUGGGUCAUCCACUUUUAUUAUUAGGUAGGUUGAUAAAUUCUUGCAGUACCUCUGAACAGCACAAAACCACAACAGACGAUUGCCAGGCUUAUGUGGUGUUUUAUAACUUUACUCCUUCACAUUUUGUAAACCCGUAUCUACACAGCCAGUAAAGACACUUGAUGAGAGUACCUGAGGGAGGCUUUGGCUUUGAUCUUGUCUGCAAAAAAAAUUUUAAACUUGCAUUUUUUUAUCUUGCCUGCCUUAUUUAAUGAAGUGCAUUAUCUCGGUGCUGGCAGGGCAGUCAGGCAGAUAAUGUGCUAGUAGCUGACUUUAAUGAUUUCAUUCACAUCUCUGUUUCCCCAUCUCUGUAGAAGAAAACCACCUGGAAGGUACUUUAUAGAAAUGUAUGAGAAUUAAACAGGAAUUUUGCAACACCUUUGCAUGGCUUUGUUGGCCGCCUUCAUGGUGGCACUGCAGUAGUGGUGGUGAGACACAGAGGACCUCUGAUGAGAGCCAUAGAAUUGUCGAGUUGGAAGGGACCAUGAGGAUUAUCUAGUCCAACCCCUCACAGUUCGGGAAUUUUUGCCCACCGUGGGGCUCAAACCCAUGACCCUGAGAUUAAGAGCCUUGUGCUCUACCAUCUGAGCUAUGCAGCCUGAAAUGCAGUAUUAAACCUCAGAGCUAACUAACUGGGUGUAACUGUUGCCACUGCUGUAUGUUGGUGCUUUUUAGUAGUUUUUAUGAUGUUGGGUUGUGGGACGCGGGUGGUGCUGUGGUCUAAACCACUGAGCCUAGGGCUUGCUGAUCAGAAGGUUGGCGGUUCAAAUCCCCGCGACGGGGUGAGCUCCCGUUGCUCGGUCCCUGCUCCUGCCCACCUAGCAGUUUGAAAGCAUGCCAGUGCAAGUAGAUAAAUAGGUACCACUCUGGUGGGAAGGUAAACGGCGUUUCCGUGUUCGCCAGAAGUGGCUUAGUCAUGCUGGCCACAUGACCCUUGUGUACAUGUCUGUGGACAAACACCGGUUCCCUCGGCCAAUAAAGCAAGAUGAGUGCCGCAACCCCAGAGUCGGCCUUGACUGGACCUAAUGGUCAGGGGUCCCUUUAGCUUUACCUUAUGAUGUUGGGUUGUAUUAAAUGUAGCACUACACAGAUUGUUCUGCUGUGCAAGGGUAAUUCUAUGCACUGACAGAGCAAUCUCUCCCUCUGCUGCCCCUGUGCACUCCCUAAAUCUGUUCUAGGUUCCCCCCAAUCCUCCAGAAUGGAUUUGGAGAUGGCACCACCCUUUGUGGUAGCACUAAUCCAGGCAUAGGCAAACUCGGCCCUCCAGAUGUUUUGGGACUACAACUCCCAUCAUCCCUAGCUAACAGGACCAGUGGUCAGGGAUGAUGGGAAUUGUAGUUUCAAAACACCUGGAGGGCCGAGUUUGCCUAUGCCUGCACUAAUACUUGUGAUAACCCCAAAAUGGAGUUGAAUGCUGCCCAUUGGCUUUAAUGAUGAAGUGAGUGGUGAUUUGUAACUUGUGUUAUUUUUGCACAUUGCUUUAAGCAUUUUGAGAGGGGUGGGGGAGAAGCAAUUAAAUUCUAAAUGAAUAAGCUCUCAACUGGACACACACACGCAGUACUUUGACAAGCCAAACAGCACCUCUUCACUGAUGGUGCCUGUUAAGUUGUGGGUGAACAUAUCAGACGACACAGCAAUUCUUCAAACACCUCUUGUUUAUUCACAGGCCAGAACAGAACUGAACUGAAGGGUUCAGCCAGCCUGCUUAUAUAGAGCUCCAGUACAACGUAACUGUAACAACUUUCUGUAACUAUCCAAUCACUGAACGUCACUUUUGAUCCCUUAUUUGCAUAUGUGGACCUGAACUAUCUGCAGUAUCCCCCUGCUGGCCAGGGUGAGAACUUCAGUACAUAACAGUGCCCCAAAUGUAAUGUACAUUCUUCUUACUUCUUUAGCAUGGGUGGGAUCAGUGCCACUCCUAUUUUCUCCCAGAUGGAUUGGGAAUUGUACCACCCAUGUAUCCCUGCAGUAAACCUCAGUUGUUGUUUUUGCUUUCUCCGUGGGUUGAGCUUGUUGCUGAAAUUUGUGGCACGCUCUCUACAUCUGUUUAUUGUGUAUGCUGUGUGUAGAGCAUGUCAGAUGUUCACACUUCCCUUUCAUAUGUGCAGCAGAGACUGAUAGCUUCUAAUGUGUAACAAAUUAUGAAACACAUAGUCCGGCUGUGCUUAUUGCUGUGAGUCAUCUCUGUUUCACUUGACUAAUAGUAAUUUUAAUCAUAUGUCAGUGCUAUGAGAUCUGCAUUCCAAAGCCAACCAACACACCCUUGUAGAUUUUGGCUGGCUUCUUACAGAUUAGUCAGAUCGUACUUGUUUUCUGCUUAAACUACACAAACCCGGUACAGUCGGCUUGUUGGAGUUAUUUCCUGUCUCGGUGCUUGCAAAAUUUGCCCCAGAAAUACGCCAAAAGUUGUGUUCUCAUUUCUAGUAAGGCUGGUUGUGUUUUGCAAAACUCCCUUGGAGUAGUUCCUGUUGCUCUGAAAAGGAUAACCUACAUUGCUUCCUGGAAAGACUUUAGUUAAUCAAUCAUCUAAUGCACCUCUACCAUUAAAAGACUGAUACUCUAUGAAAGUGUCUCAAACGCUCAAUCCUGCAACAUUUUUCUACACAAACCCACAAGGAGAGAACCAACAAAUGUGUUUACAGCAGGGGUCAGCAACCUUUUUCAGCUGUGGGCUGGUCCACCGUCCCUCAGACCAUGUGGUGGACCGGACUAUAUUUGGGGGGGGGGGGAAUGAAUGAAUUCCUAUGCCCCACAAAUAACCCAGGGAUGCAUUUUAAAUAAAAGGACACAUUCUACUCAUGUAAAAACCAGGGCUAUUGACUGUUUGGCUCCGAAGUGCCCUUUCCGAUUGCAUGGAGCCCGGACAGCCCCGUGGUUUUCCAUGGAUCUGAGGGCAAUGAAACAAUCGUUGAGACGGCUAGAGCGCUGGUGGCGGAUAACUCAUUCUGAAUCUGACCGGACACAGGUUAGAGCUCAACGUCGAGCCUACCAAGUGGUGAUAGCGACGGCAAAGAAGAAUUUCUUCACCGCCUCUAUUGCAUCUGCAGAAAACAGCAGCAGGAGACUUUUUCAGGUGGUUCACAAUUUAGCGGAACCACCUGCAACAUCGGGGCCCAGUACAGGCCACAUGUUCUCCUGCAAUGAUUUUGCAAAGUUUUUUGCAGAUAAAAUCGCUCAGAUUCGGGAAGAAGUAGACUCCACCGUGGGAGCAGGGCCGGGGCGGGAGAGUGCUAGAGACCUGUCUAGUCAAGUUGCGUGGGAUCAAUUCCAAUCUGUUACCUCCGAGGAUGUGGACAGGCUGCUUGGACGAGUGAAGCCAACCACCUGUCUCCUGGAUCCUUGCCCAUCCUGGCUUAUAAAAGCUAGCCGGGAAGGACUGGGCGAUGGGCUUCGUGGGGUGGUGAAUGCUUCCCUCCGUGAGGAGCCUUCCCAGACCCUCUGAAAGAGGCGGUUAUUAAACCGCUUCUUAAAAACCAUCUUUAGAUGCGGCCACGAUGGCCAACUAUCGCCCAAUCUCAAAUCUUCCAUUCUUGGGCAAGGUGAUUGAGCGAGUGGUUGCUGAACAACUCCAGGCACGCCUGGAAGAAGCGGACCAUUUGGAUCCCUUCCAGUCGGGAUUCAGGCCUCAUCAUGGGACUGAAACUGCCUUGGUCGCACUGGUUGAUGAUCUCCGGCGGGCUAGGGACAAAGGUGAGAGCUGUUUCCUAGUUCUGCUGGAUCUCUCAGCGGCGUUUGAUACCAUCGACCAUAACAUCCUUCUGGACCGUCUUGAGGGGCUGGGAGCUGGGGGCACUGUCAUACAGUGGUUCUGCUCCUUCCUCCUGGGCCGUGUUCAGAAAGUGGUGGGGGGGGGAUGAGUGUUCAGACCCCUGGGCUGUCACUUGUGGGGUGCCUCAGGGUUCUGUCCUCUCCCCCAUGCUUUUCAACAUUUACAUGCAGCCGCUGGGAGAGAUCAUCAGGAGGUUUGGGCUGGGUGUUCAUCAGUAUGCGGAUGAUACCCAGCUCUACCUCUCUUUUAAAUCAGAACCAGUGAAGGCGGUGAAGGUCCUGUGUGAGUGUCUGGAGGCGGUUGGAGGAUGGAUGGCGGCUAACAGAUUGAGGUUGAAUCCUGACAAGACAGAAGUACUGUUUUUGGGGGACAGGAGGCGGGCAGGACCAGGUGCGCAGCCUGGGAGUCAUUUUGGACUCACAGCUGUCCAUGGAGGCACAGGUCAAAUCUGUGUCCAGGGCAGCUGUUUACCAGCUCCAUCUGGUACGUAGGCUGAGACCCUAUCUGCCUGCGGACUGUCUCGCCAGAGUGGUGCAUGCUCUGGUUAUCUCCCGCUUGGACUACUGCAAUGCACUCUACGUGGGGCUACCUUUGAAGGUGACUCGGAAACUACAACUAAUCCAGAAUGUGGCAGCUAGACUGGUGACUGGGGGCGGCCGCCGAGACCAUAUAACACCGGUCUUGAAAGACCUACAUUGGCUCCCAGUCUGUUUCCGAGCACAAUUCAAAGUGUUGGUGCUGACCUUUAAAGCCCUAAACGGCCUCGGUCCAGUAUACCUGAAGGAGCGUCUCCACCCCCAUCGUUCUGCCCGGACGCUGAGGUCCAGUGCCGAGGGCCUUCUGGCGGUUCCCUCAUUGCGAGAAACAAAGCUACAGGGAACCAGGCAGAGGGCCUUCUCGGUAGUGGCGCCCGCCCUGUGGAACGCCCUUCCAGCAGAUGUCAAAGCGAUAAACAACUACCUGACAUUCAGAAGACAUCUUAAGGCAGCCCUGUUCAGGGAAGUUUUUAACAUGUGAUAUUUUAGUGUAUUUUUGGUUUCUAUGGAAGCCGCCCAGAGUGGCUGGGGAGGCCCAGCCAGAUGGGCGGGGUAUAAAUAAUAAAUUAUUAUUAUUAUAAAAAUACACUGAUUCCCGGACCGUCCGUGGGCUGGAUUGAGAAGGCGAUUGGGCCGCAUCCGGCCCAUGGGCCUUAGGUUGCCUGCCCCUGGUUUAGAGUGCAGUCCCUAACUCAACAGAUGUUAACUGAGCAGGAAAAGCAGUGGCUUUACAUUUAAUUGGGAUGGAGGGGUUGGUUUGAGUGUGCUUAGGUUUGGUAGUCAUCUAGAAAUGGCCCAAGAUGAAUUAGAAUUGACCAGCCUUUCCAACACCAGGGCAGUCUUCAUCCUGGAUAUGUAAUGUUCAGGGGGAAAUAGCAGUAUUCUGUAGUUUGGCUGGCAAUUCCAGGAGAUCUUCCUUACUAGGGCUGGGCGAUAUAUUGUCCAUUGCUGGUUUGAGGUCCAUAUUGUGAUAUCGGUUUCAUAAUUUUUGACCUGGCAAUAUAUCACAAAUCAUGGUGUGUGUGUGCGCGUGCGCGUGCGUGCACACUAUGCAGAAAUCACAAUGUGAGGAAAACCAUGAAGCCAGCCAAUGCCUCUACAUGCCUCCAUCCUUAUUUCAGACAUCAUGAUAUAUUGCAAUGUUUAGUUGGGUGAUAUAUCACGUUGUUGAAAACCAGAUACCACCCAGCCAUAUUCCAUAUCACCUACUUCUGCAUGAGAGCCAGUGUGGUGUAGUGAUUAAGAGCGGUAGUCUCGUAAUCUGGGGAACCAGGUUUGCGUCUCCGCUCCUCCACAUGCAGCUGCUGGGUGACCUUGGGCCAGUCACACUUCUCUGAAGUCUCUCAGCCCCACUCACCUCACAGGGUGUUUGUUGUGGGGGAGGAAGGGAAAGGAGAAUGUUAGCCACUUUGAGACUCCUUUGGGUAGUGAUAAAGCAGGAUACCAAAUCCAAACUCCUCCUCCUCCUCCUCCUCCUCCUCCUCCUCCUCCUCCUCCUCCUCCUCUUCUUCUUCUUCUUCUUCUUCUUCUUCUUCUUCUUCUUCUUCUUCUUCUUCUUCAUGCUCUGGUUCUCUUUCUCCCCUUUCUUUCUCCUCCCAGCAAAAAGGCAAACCUGUUUCUUAUCACCCCCAAACUAAUAUACCUUGUUCUGCCCUCCAGCUCUAGCCUCGAGACGUUUUGAGCUUUGGUGCUGCCUUCAACGGCUGGUGUUUUGGAUGUUAUAGGGAACGUUCCUCUAGGAAGUAUUCAAGAGAGCCUCUCCAGAUUUAGCGCAGGGUGUUUGUGCCUCCAGACCAGAGCUUGGCUACUUAAGAGCGUGCUCAGAUGAAAUCCCAAACUUCCUUUUGCAGCACUUGCACUCCCUCCAUAAGACAACCGGCACGUUGUCAUCCCGCUUUUAUUGUUGUGGAUUAGUGUUCCUCUUAAAUGGAAACAGCCCCUUUGGGUUGCUUGCCUGGUUAGCCAUGGCAGGAAGACAAACGAUUUUUACAGUAUCAGACAUGCGGUUUCCUGUCUGUGUUUAACUCUGAGCAGAACAUUGUGGCCAGCUGGUCCUCUGCUCCUCCAGACAACUGGAUAAUAGCCUGUAAUAAUUUUGUCUUUUGGACUGCCAUCCAGAUGUACCCUUCAUGUGGCUCUUGUCUUGUGCAUGUGUGCUCUUGCUGCUAUAGUGGGGCGUGCAUUUCCCUGCACAGACUUUCUGCUGUAUUUAAUUCAGAUAAGAUUGGGCCAUGCGUUUUGUCUAUAGCCGAGGUAGGGGACCCAUCCCAGAUGUUGGAUUGCAACAUCCAUCACCCCUCACCAUGUUGGCUGGGUCUGAUGAGAGCUGGAUUUAAACAACUACUGGUUUGUCAAUACCAGCAAAGUGAGUUGCCUUCAUGUGAAUGGUCUUUGAAAGCAUUUUGUUUGGUUGGGGAUUUUGCCCCCAGCUUCCCUCCUCCCCCAACUGUUUGUGUGUACAGUGGUACCUCAGGUUACAUACACUUCAGGUUACAGACGCUUCAGGUUACAGACUCUGCUAACCCAGAAAUAGUACCUCGGGUUAAGAACUUUGCUUCAUGAUGAGAACAGAAAUCGUGCUCUGGCGGCGCGGCGGCAGCAGCAGGAGGCCCCAUUAGCUAAAGUGGUGCUUCAGGUUAAGAACAGUUUCAGGUUAAGAACGGACCUCCAGAACGAAUUAAGUACUUAACCCGAGGUACCACUGUAUGUGUAUAUAUAAGUGUACAGUGGUACCUUUGUUCUCGAACUUAAUCCAUUUAGGGAGUCCGUUCGACUCCCAAAACCAUUCAGAAACCAAGGCAAGGCUUCCAGUUGGCUGUAGGAGUGUCCUGCAGCCAAUCGGAAGCCGCGCUGGACGUUCGGCUUCUGAAAAGCGUUCGCAAACUGAAACACCUGCUUCUGGGUUUGUGGCAUUUGGGAGCCGAUUUGAUUGACAAAUAAGCCAUUCAAGAACCAAGGUACCACUGUUUUGUUUUCCUUAAAAGCUUACUAUCAGCUUGAAAUGCCAAACAGUUAAAGAUGUACUGAAACGCUUGCUUAUGUCUAAAUAAGGAGAAAGGUGUGUAUGUUUGUUGCGAAGAGACAAAAAAUCAUGAGUGCAGAAACAGGUUCUGAUUUCUCAAAGACACUAGGCACUCCUUUUUAAUUAAAUAACUCCUAACAACUGGUGAGUUACAAAGGAACUGCCAUCCUUAAUCUUGUGGAAGCUGAGAUUUCUAACCCCAGUCUCUCUAAAGGCACAUUUCUCCAUGUUUAAAUACGAUUGUCAGUAAUAGUAGUUAUUGAGAGCCCCCAAGCAACCUGUCAUUUGAAAAUAUUUGCAAUGGGUAGAAUUAAAUCUAAAGACUGCAUGCCUCGUAUAUUUUUAUUUUUAAACUGACACUUUUUGGGUGGGCGGGAAAAUGGGAACUCGGCAUGUGCUGAAAUGGAUGUGAUUCAUUUUGAUAAAGGCAACUUUUAACCACACUCUGUGAGUCAGUUUGAUGCUCUUUUAAGCUUGCACAAUCCCAUGUUGUUAAAUGUUAUACAGAGAUGUGGAGUGGUGGUGAGGGACUUUCAUGGGGAAACAGAUUUGAGACUGAGUGGUAUCCUUUGGUUUAGGUUAUGGGCUUCCUUUGCCAAACCAAAUUGUGUCAGUCUGGCAGACGACCUGCACAAACUGGAACUUUGAGCGCGGUGGUAUUACAGUGGAAAACUUUGUCUUCAAAAGCAAAGUAUAAUGCCAAUGUGCUUUUAGUAGCUCUUUAUAUAACUCUUUUCAAAGAAACAUCCCGAUUUUGGAAGGAAAGGCUAAGAGAGAACAUUUCUUUCCAAAAUGGGGACUGGGGAGCAGCAAAAAGUAGAAAUUAAGGUGUAAGAUUCUACGUGGCAUGCCGAAAGAAAGAAUUCCCAGCUGGAUAGCUCAGUUGGUUAGAGCAUGGUGCUGAUAAUGUGAAGGUUGCAGGUUCAAUCCCUGUACAGUGGUACCUCUAGUUGCGUUCACCUCCAGUUAUGUAUCCUUCAGGAUACAUAUGCGAAAAACCUGGAAGUAUUUUCCUGGGUUUUGCUGCACACACAUGCGUAGAAGCGCUAAACCGCACCCUGUGUGUAUGCACAGAAGUGCUAAACCACGCAUGCGCAGAAGCAGCACCUCUGGUUGCGAAUUCCUCAGGAUGCGGCUGGACCUCUGGAACAGAUCCCGUUUGCAACUGGAGGUACCACUGUAUAGGACAAUUGCAUGUUCUUGCAUUUCUUUGGAUUAGAAUCAGCUGUUCUCAACCUGUGGGUCCCCAGAUGUUGUUGGACUACAACUCCCAUCAUCCCUGAACUCUGGCCUUGCUAGCUAGGGGUGAUGGGAGUUGUAGUCCAACAACAUCUGGGGACCCACAGGUUGAGAACCAAUGGAUUAGAUGAUCCUCAGGGUCCCUUCCAACUCUACAAUUCUAUGAUUCUAUGAAUUUUAACUGAAAUAGGUUGUUAGCUGGUGACAUCCAUCUGAAAGAGAUGAAAGCUACACUUCUCAUGCACGUAAACACAAUUUAUUGUCUUUAUGUAUAAAAAAAGAACCCUGCAUUUAUUUUGCCUAAACUGGUCGGCCAUUUUCAGGGCCGCUAGUGUGCCAUUUGCGGCAACGUUGCUUCUGCUGCCUUUCUGCACUGCUGGAUUUCACUUCUCUCCCUUCCCCAGCUAAUCCUGCUUGUCUCUGCCCCCCUCCCUCGGCCAUUGCUCUUACUUCCUCUGCUGCCACUUACAAUAUUUCUGAGGCCAUCCUCUUAACAUUUUACUCUAAGCAAAGGGUCCUUCCUCAGAGCGAGGGAUGCAAGUGGCCACAAAGAGCGCACUGCUCCCGCUGCAGCAAAUACCUUUUUAAAGUUUAACAACAUUGAACCUUAAGUUUUUUGUGUUUUGCUACAGUAGCAGUGCAGGACGCGGGUGGUGCUGUGGGUUAAACCACAGAGCCUAGGAUUUGCCGAUCAGAAGGUUGGCGGUUCGAAUCCCCGCAACGGGGUGAGUUCCCGUUGCUCGGUCCCUGCUCCUGCCCACCUAGCAGUUCGAAAGCACAUCAAAGUGCAAGUAGAUAAAUAGGUACCACUCCGUCGGGAAGGUAAACGGCAUUUCCGUGCGCUGCUCUGGUUCGCCAGAAGCGGCUUAGUCAGGCUGGCCGCAUGACCCGGAAGCUGUAUGCCGGCUCACUUGGCCAAUAAAGCGAGAUGAGCGCCACAACCCCAGAGUCGGCCACAACUAGACCUAAUGGUCAGGGGUCCCUUUACCUUCGCCUUGCAGUAGCAGUGCAGGCACCCUCAGUGGCCAACUCAGCCACAGUGGCUUGCUCUGAGGAGGGACCCCUUUCUUAGAGUGGGGUGGGGUGGGCCUAGGAAGUCCUGUUGAGCACCACGGGUUACUCCAUGGCUAGUAGGUAACAGUAACAGUGGCGGCAAUAGCAGCAGCAGCAGCAGCAGGUGAGAGGCCCCAUGAGUAAGAGGGUGCAAUCUGUUCUUCUGGUCCAUCAGUAGAGGCACCCAUAUCACCAUGCCUCAUUCUAGCUCCAGCUAGACGUAAAAGAUAAAGGUAAAGAACCCCUGGACGGUUAUGUCCAGUCAAAGGCGACUAUGGGGUCGUGGCGCUCAUCUCGCUUUCAGGCCAAGGGAGCCGGCGUUUGUACACAGACAGCUUUCCGGGUCAUGUGGCCAGCAUGACUAAACCGCUUCUGGUACAACAGGACACCGUGACGAAAACCAGAGCGCACAGAAACACUGUUUACCUUCCUGCCACAGUGGUGCCUAUUUAUCUACUUGCACUGGCGUGCUUUUGGACUGGUAGGUUGGCAGGAGCUGGGACAGAGGAACGGGAGCUCACCCCGUCGCAGGGAUUCGAACCGCCAACCUUGUGAUCGGGAAGCCCAAGAGGCUCAGUGGUUUAGACCACAGUGCCACCCGCAUCCCAUCCAGCUAGAGGUUCUUUUUUACUCUCUUUGUCCUGUGUGUCCAUCUACUAUCUUGAAUUAAAGAACAAGUAUUGCAUAAUUUUCCAGGAGGAAUUUAUAAUCUCAUGUUAUUAUUGAUGGCUUUCUUAAAUAAAAAAUGCCUCUGCUUCAAAUAUAUAUAUUUGCAUUCCUGCAUAACCAAAGCCUAUAAAAAAAUCAAGUCUCUUUAAAACUUAACAAGUUCACAAUGAAUGGGGGGCUGCUCCUCUGGCUGCAUUCACAUGGCUUCUUGUUGUUUAUCCAUAGUUGGUGUGCACUGCUGAGUCACUAACUUCUGUUUCUCCCCUCUCCUGUUGCAAGCAGUGGUUUACCGUUACAUUACAAAUGUGGGCAGCAUGUCAAAAAGCGUGUUGGGGAAUAGUUCCCUAGCCUCCUUAGCUUAUUUCUUCAUUUUCUGUAUAUUUCUGGCAGGGUGAGGUGCUGAGCAUUCAGACAUGUGAUUUUCCAUCAUCUCUCUGAAUUGCUUCCCUCUUGAGAAGGGCCUACCUUCUCUUGUGACUUCUCUGAACACGUACCUUAGUUUGAAGUCUUAACCUGUCAGGAGCGUUGCUUAGAAACUGACUUUACAGGCACCUCAGCUGAGCCGGAAAAAUUACUUUUUUAAAACAGUGCGUUGGAUUGUCAUGCAAAUUGCCUACACGCUAAACAUAAUUUGCCCAAAUGUUCGUCAUUUGUAGUUGUCGGGCAAUUUGGCUAAACAAAUCAUUGCCGGUGUAUCGAUUUACUGUAAUUCUGCAGAACACAGUUUGUUCUCGGAGCGGCGUGAUCUCCCCUUUCUCACCCAUUUAUGGGAUUAUGUAAGCUUCAGAAACAACUAAGGUGAACUACUAAGGCUUUAGAUGCUCGAAAGGAGUACGGGAAGGUAAAAAGCAGGGGAAACAUUUCACAAGCAAGGGGAAUAGGAAAGGAAUUUAAAUAAUUUCCUGUGUACGAACUUAGCACUGUAGCUUGCUUAUGAGGCUACCCUUAGAUUUCAGUUUAACCUUGCCGUGUAAGUGUUAAUGAGCGGAGAGGAUUGGAAUAUCCAGAGCACAUCAAUGCAUUCAUGUGCCUAUUCAUGCACAAGAAUUCUAGACUGAAUAAUGUCCCAAAUAACAGAGAGGUAUAUGAUGUUUGAGAAAGGUGGUGUCCUGGCAAAACAGACAGUGACAAAUGAGGGGGGCACAAUAAAUUGGUGGUGUGAAUACCAUAUUUUUUCCAUGUGUAUACCCCUGUGUAUAAGAUAACCCCUAUUUUUUGGGGACUCCAAAUUAAGGAAAUGGGGGUGGGGGUGGGGAUUGCCCAGAGUUGUUGAGCUUUUUUUGGUUUUUUGGGGGGGAUUACUGACAACAACAACAAUCUUUAUUACGGUCCAGAGAGCCAGCAAAUCGUUACAAAGCCGUACACAAUUCAUACAGCCUACCUUCAGGUUAAACAAGCAUUUUGUUCAGAAUAUAGGGAUCACUGGUUCUUGCAACCACCGAUAAAAACUUUGCCACUGCUAAUGUUCUAGCAUUUGUCUGGUCUUCCAAUAGGAACCUGACAUAGUGAGCCUCUGAUUUUCCCAGGAAAGGUACCAGCAAGUAUCAGUUCAGCCCUGGCUUGCUCAUAUUUUGCACAGUGCAACAAAAUAUGUUUUAUGGAAUCAAUGUCUUGAGCACACGAGCAAAGUCUGUCCUGGUAGGGAACUCCUCUCAACCUGCCAUCCAACACUGCAGAAGGCGUUUAAUCUGGCUUUGGUGAAAAGCCUUCGAUAGUUUGGUACUGUCAGGUUUUUAAUGGAAGAUGUUAACUUAAAGACAUGCCCAUAUUGUACCCCUACUGCCAGCGGACUACAGACUGUGUGUGAUUGAGAUCGCAAGUCACUGUGUGCAUUAUCCCAUAAUCUUUGCUUUAAUAUCUUUUGGGCGCCUUCAUAACCCAGGUAAUACAGUUGGGGGGAACAGACCAAUAGAGGUGGCUUUUUUAGCCAUGGUUUUCUGCCAUUUGCUGACAAAUUCCUCAUUGGUCAGGUGUUGGUACAAACCCUUCCCUAGAUCAAACACUGAAAUCCUGAUUACUGACAAUCACUCACCCUCCUGACCGCCGCUGCCAAUCGCAUGCCUCAGCAAAGCCACCAAUCAUCUGCCCACUCACCACCAGCAGCCGCCAAUCGCCUGCCCAAUUACUGCAGCAGCAGCCAAUCGCCAGCAGGCCUUGCCACAGCCACCAAUCACCGGUUACAAUGUCCUGCUCGUGGCUGCCAUGAGCUGCCACCAAUCGGCCAUCCCCCCUCUGCACUAUCCUUGUGCAAGACGACCCCCAAUUUUCAACAUUUUUUAAUAAUAAAAAAACACUGUCUUAUACACGGAAAAAUACGGUGUUUGUUAUAUUUUGGAAGGUGGGCUGAGUUAUCGUCAACUAUAUCUUCCUGUGCACCAUUAGGAUUGAUAGGUCACUAAACCAUAAUGGAGAACAGGACUAUGAAUGGUUGCUAGUCAUUAUGGCUGUAUCCUACAAGAUGCCGCCCACUUCCAAGGGAUACAGGAUAUAUCCAACAUCGGCAGUUUCUGCUGGAAAACAGGCCAUGGCCCCUUGGAACAUGGGUGGCACUUGCCUUUACAUCUCCCAAAGUAAAUAUUAUUCAUUUUUGCCCUGAAUUGUAUCAUCAGUUUUAAUUCAAAUAAAAAAGUGUGCUUUGGCUGUUGGGAACUUGGGAAACUGUGCUCUUGAUUAUUUUUAAGGAUGGAUCGUAAGCGCAGUGUAAUUUCCUUUAGAGCUAGAAUUUACAGUAUUCAUUCACUUAACGUCAUUCCAAGAAGUACCACAUUAAACCUCAAGCGUUAAAAGGGUUGCAGCCUGUUACUUGUACAAUGAGUCUGCUCAUUUGGGGAUUUUGUGUGUGUGUUUGUUUUACAUAGUUCUCGGUUCUGUUUAUAAGCUUUGCACCAAUGGCAUUAAAACAUCCUCAACAGUAUGUAACUAUAGGUCAGACUGACGUUUACCAUAAUCGGAAGGGACCCUGCUAGCCAUAUGGUGGCCAGUAGAUUGCCAUGUUUGGAAACACCCUGGAAAUAGGCCUUUUCAGCUGCAGUGCUAACUCUCUGGAAUACUCUCCCAAAAUAAAGCCAGGAAGCUCUUUCUGAGGCUCCAAAUGUCUUCUAAAAAUCCAGUUGUUCUCCUAGGCCUAUUUGGAUGAUUGAGGGUGCUCUCCUCCUUAGGCGCCAUUUGAAUUUAUGGAAUUGUAGCAAAGCAUUUAUUGCAUUCUGAUCUUUAUUUGUAUUAUUUUAUUUGUUUGUAUUGUAUUCUGAUUUUUUUAAGUUUCUACAAAUGGUAAGGAUUGGGAGACUCUACCAAAAAUGUUAAAGCAAUGUAUAUACAUUUUCUUAAUAAAUUAUCAAAUGCACGCCCCAUAAGGAGGACUUUGGUGGAUCAGGUCAUCUAAUGUACCUCUGUGUUUUGUUUUUCAUUUUUCAAAAUACUGAAAUGGGAGAGUGGGAAGAGGAAUCUCAUUUAUGAGGAUAACUCUCAUCCUCCAAAAAGUGAGCUUUGCCAACCUUGGUACUGAAUUCCAUAAAAUGAAAUAAUCUUGCCCUGGCUGACGCACGUGAUAGAAUUUGCACUGCUAAGACAAAAGUCUUUAACGCUGCAGAGUUGUCACAGAAGAGAUUUCAAUAAUUGCAGGUGGAUCUAACUAACACUGGCAAAAAAGUAAUUUUGGGAACUUACGCAGAAUCAAACCAGAGGUGAAUAUAAUAAUGGAGGUUAAUGUGUAUCAUCUGCGGAAAUGUAGCCAGUCUAGAGUGAUCGAUUUGUUCCAGAAAAUUAUUAGCAAACAGUAGCAGAUAACGUAUACUAAACAUAUACAAGUUGAAGGAUACUAGUUAUACAAGUUAGAGGAUACUAUAUAUAUAUAUAUAUAUAUAUAUAUAUAUAUAUCGUCUUGUUUCUUAAUAAUUUAUCAGCACUCAACAAAACAGCCUUGGAGACGUUAAUAAUCUGUUGUAGUUUUAACAUCUGCUUGCAACUGGUUUAUACUCUGCCACAAUAGGUCCAUCUGUUAUAAUAGUCCACGAGUGUACAGUUAUUAUCAGAGUACCAGUAUGAUCCACUAUCCCCAAGAUUCCCUGCCUCUAGGGGCAGCCCCUACCCUAAAACCCACAAAAACCCCAGAAGCAAGCGAAUCCGUAGUGCGAUGCUGACACUGAGGCUACAGUUUCUAAAUAUACUUGCCUAGUAAGCUUUUCAAACACAUUCCAGUUUGCAGCACAUUGAGAGUCGGAACAGGCAAGUGUGAUGGCUGUCUUUGUACACACCUGAAUUGAAGGCAAGGAAGUCCAACAGAGCUAUUUUUGUUCCAUCGUUUUCCCCCCCUUCUCACCUGAUGUUCAGUUACAUCCAUCUAAAGCUGUCGAAAAAGAGAAUUUUGUUAUUUAAACAAAAGUACAUGAAUUUAAGUGGCUUGGGCUUGAAUUCUGGACACCAUGUCAUUUGCAUAGGCAUACUUAAUGUGAUUAAGAAUGACUUGCAUUAGUGUUUCAGCUUUGCAUAUUGGAGAGUGGGGGAGAUGAGAGAUUUUUUACUACCACCACUUUUUGGGAGGAAUGCUUCCUUUGCUGCUGGACUAUGUUGGAGGGUCAAGGGCAGGGAUCAGCAACCUUUUUCGGUCAUGGGCCAGUCCACCAUCCCUCAGACCUUGUGGGGGGCCAGACUACAUUUAGGGGGGAAAAAAUGAACGAAUUCCUAUGCCCCACAAAUAACCCAGAGAUGCAUUUUAAAUAAAAGCACACAUUCUACUCAUGUAAAAACACCAGGCAGGCCCCACAAAUAACCCAGAGAUGCAUUUUAAAUAGAAGGACACAUUCUAGUCACGUAAAAACAUGCUGAUUCCUGGACCGUCCGCGGGCUGGAUUGAGAAGGCGAUUGGGCCGCAUCUGGCCCCUGGGCCUUAGGUUGCCUACCCCUGGUCAAGGGCAAUUGCUAUACGAAAGUGGAAGAUCACAGACAGGAGAUUACAUAAGGAACAAUGUUGGAAGGGGUGUGUGAUAAUGACAAAAACCCAUGUCUCCCGGCACCUCGCCAUCACGUUUGACCAGGAGGCCCUGUUUCGUAACAGUGGCGUUCACCUUUUGGACAUGCGCAUUGAUUUUUGGCUGGCCAAUAUGGUGGAGGGCAUUAAGUGUUGGCGGUGAGCCUUUGGCUCAAUUGGCGGUUAAGCAUUGGGUAAGCCGCCUUGUGGGAGGUGAGAUUUUUCCUUCGCCUGCCUCUCCAUGUUAAGGGUUUCCCAUUAAAGGGAUCUGGGGGUGUGGUUCCUGUCCGAAGCCUGGGCGUGGGCUAGGGCUAUGCCACGACCCCAACAGUGACCCUGGGGGUGCUCAAUUGAUGUACAUCAUAGGGAUCCCCCUUCUAGUGGUUGAUCCUUAAGAGACUUCCUGCAGUCAGACAGGAGUCAGGAUAUAGUCUUGCUUCAACCCAUUGCCUAAGCCAAACCGCUCACAUCUUAAACCAAUAAAGUUGUGGCCUUAUUUAUCCCAUUAGCCCAAUAUACUUGUGUUUGUGUAUUUAUUUUGGGGGGAGCUAGGGGGGCUUGGGCAUCGCCAUGCAAGCAGGACCUGAGUCCCCAUUUGGGAUUCCCAGCAACUGUUAUUUAGAAACAAUGGCUCCAGAUCCAGAUUCUGUCAUACUUCAUUAGACUCUGAGCUUACCCACACUUCUGCUUGUCCUGUUCUUUCAAAGCAUGGAUCCGAACCGUUUUCUUCUUGUCCUGUGCUUUCUAGGCUCUGGUCUGGGCAGUUUUGCCCCCACUGGUUUCCCCCAGAAAACUCGCUCUUUAGUACUAAAUCGGAACAAAUAGCAAUCCGCAGAAAAUCUGAUUGCUGCUUCUUCCUAUUCAGCACUAAACCAUGGAUUUUCUUGGGGGAAAGUGGCGAAGUGAACAGAAGUAUGAAUGAACCUUAACUCAAGUCCCUUUGAUUUCAAUGAGUCUACUCUGUGUAUGAAUAAGGCUGCCACCUGUUGAAUUCAGUGAAGAAAGUCCCAUAUACGUGGAUUUAGGAUUGCGGCCAAAGUCUGGAUCUAACUCCAUAUCCUUAAUUAUGGCUAGGGAGUCUUUUUCAGUCUAAAGGCCAGAUCUAGUACUAACCCACCCUCUGUGGGCCAUUUUUGACAGAUGAUUCUGAUUUCAGCCUGCCUGUGGUUUUUCGGUAAAAGCCAGCAGCCGAGACUUGUAUCCAAGAUAAGCCUCUCUGCUUGCUGCCUUUUAAAGAGCAGACGGGGGCUUAUCUCUGAGCGUAGCACUAGGGUUCUUAAUGCUAAAAACAAAGAUGAGAGAUCUCUGAACUCAGCAAUUAGUGCUUAGAUUGAAGAUACCAGAUUCCUGUGCCUGGCGUCAGAUAACUGACAGGUGGUGUCAGGGGUAGGUUUGAUGAGGCCCUAAGCCAGGGGUCAGCAAACUUUUUCAGCAGGGGGCCGGUCCACUGUCCCUCAGACCUUGUGGGGGGCCAGUCUAUAUUUUUUGGGGGGAAAUGAACGAAUUCCUAUGCGCCACAAAUACCCCAGAGAUGCAUUUUAAAUAAAAGCACACAUUCUACUUAUAUAAAAACACCAGGCAGGCCCCACAAAUAACCCAGAGAUGAAUUUUAAAUAAAAGGACACAUUCUACUCAUGUAAAAACACAUGCGCGGGCCGGAUUUAGAAGGCGAUUGGGCCGGAUCUGGCCCUCAGGCCUUAGUUUGCCUACCCAUGCCCUAAGCAACUCAAGGUAAUGGGACCCUUUAUAUGUCCAGCUGUCCUUUGUCAACAACAAAUUGUUGCUGUUUUUUGUGUUGAAUAUAUGCUAUAUGGUCAUUGAUGGACCUAAUAGAUAUCUAAAGCCAUUUGCACAUAACAAAAUAUGUAUUUUAUCAAAGUAAUUGUUGAACUUAUCUUAUAUUUUGGAAAUGUACUUCCAGUUUUUUCCCUUUAAUUUUUUUGGGGGGACCCCAAGAGAGUAGGGCCCUAAGCUAUAGCUUGUUUAGCUGUAAAUCUGGCAUUGGGUGGUGUGGCUUGCCCCAAAUGGCCGUGCAAGACAAAGUCAGAUGCCUGGUUAGACCCAGGGCUGAGAGCUUCCCCUCCUGUGUCUUAAAUCAAGGGUUUGAGCCCUGGAAGACCUGCUCCCUGCCUUGCAGGCCUUUUCCCACCUGGCCUGGGAGGGAGGGGUCCUGACUGACUCCAGCUACAUGAGCUGAGGCUGCUGAACAGACUCUUGGCUUUUCUUUAGGGAUUUUGUUGCUGUUUGUGGUCCUAAAUUUUUGUAUCUUUGUUUUAGGCCUUAUUGUGAUCCAUGUGGAAAUGGUUUGAUUUGGUUGUGUACUUUUCAAUGUUCCAUUUAUUUAUUUUUUAUGACUACUUUUGUUACGUUUGCAUCUUUGUGUAAUUUUUUUCCCACGUUGAAAGCCACCUUGAACAUGGUUUUUAACCGUGGAAAGGCAUCAUACAAAUAAAAUUAUGCUUGUACAGUGGUACCUCGGGUUACAUACGCUUCAGGUUACAUACGCUUCAGGUUACAGACUCCGCUAAUCCAGAAAUAUUACCUCAGGUUAAGAACUUUGCUUCAGGAUGCGAACAGAAAUCGUGCUCUGGCAGCGCGGCAGCAGUGGGAGGCCCCAUUAGCUAAAGUGGUGCUUCAGGUUAAGAACAGUUUCAGGUUAAGGACGGACCUCCGGAACGAAUUAAGUACUUAACCUGAGCUACCACUGUAUGUAUGUAAACCAGUCAACCAGCAGACUUAAAAGCUGGCUUAGAGCCAAUAACUUCCUUUUAAAAAGGCCACCGCCAAGGCAAUACAUCAUUAACCAAGUAGCCCUGAAGAUCUUCAAAACAGGACAAGUGUGAUGCUAUUCUGUUGCUCAAGAAAACUGCUUAGUUGCUUCAAUCACAAACUACUGUAGUUUUCUCUCUUUCUCUUUGCUUGCUGCUUUCUGUCCCUUUUCCACCGCUAGUCCUCACUUCCUGUAUGAUAUCUUUCCUCUCUUAAAGUGACAGACAUUCACAGGAGCUAUUUAGAGAUGAAUCUGGGCAUUGCUUUUUUUGUGACUCGCUGCUGAAAAUGAUGGAUUACUGUAAUGGGAAAUUUUGGUGUACAGUGGUACCUCGGGUUAAGUACUUAAUUUGUUCUGGAGGUCUGUUCUGAACCUGAAACUGUUCUUAAGCUGAAGCACCACUUUAGCUAAUGGGGUCUCCCUCUGCCGCUGCACUGCUGGAGCACGAUUUCUGUUCUCAGCCUGAAGCAAAGUUCUUAACCUGAAGCACUAUUUCUGGGUUAGCGGAGUCUGUAGCCUGAAGCCUAUGUAACCCGAGGUACCACUGUACUAUUCUGUGCCGAGGAUCAGGGUCAACCAUCAUGGAGCAAUGGGAGUACCCAGAGCUGGCAACAAAUGCCCCUUCUCUCCCACAAUCCCAAUGUGAUGUCCAGAAUUCAGCCUAGAGGGACAAAGCAGUUCCUGGGCUACAUGCAGCAAGCUAAGUCUGUAUUGUGGUGCAUCUGCUGCUUGGCAGAUGCCAUGAAAGUGGUUCAUAAAAGCCCGAGUGGACAGUUAUCCAGCAGAUGGCAUGCUGAAAUCCCAUGAAGCCCAGUUGAGAUGAAUGAAACUUUCCAUCUGAGUGGGCCGUGAGAUGUUUGGAGCUGUGGGGGCUCUCAACUUUGGAGGGAUUCUGAAACAUGUCUUUAAAUACUACAUGGAGUUUAGUCUGGACUAUGGGAAAGGGGCUGAUUUGUUGAAAAGGGUCAAAAACAUUACCAAGCUGGAGUUCCCACGAGUGGAAGGUGAAUAUGAAGAAGAGCUGCGGAAGGGACAUGGAAGGGACUUAAGGGCCUCGGAUAUAAGGUUACCAGGUUAAUGCGUUAGAUCGAUGGGAUAAAAACCCGGGACCAGGAGGAAGGGACGCUGGAUGAAGAUUGGAUUGUUUCUAUUUCUUUUUUUUUACUACUAGGAUUGUUUUAUAAAACUGAUGACUGUUAGAAAAAUGUUGGAACGAAAUUACUUGGCUCUAGCAAAAAUGUUUAUUUUUUUCAUCCAUUAUUAUUAUUUAAUUUAAUUGCAUUAGCAUACAGCCAUAGCAAAAUAAGAUAAUACAAAAAAUGUUGGGGACAAGCAACCAAGCGAAAUUCAAAGCAAUAUUGCUGGCGUAAUGACAUUUAAAACACCCUAAGACAAUAAUACAGAGAUUUGGUUGCCAGCGCCAAAAGACUAAUAUGCAGAUAUAAAUAAAGCAUAAAAAGGCCCCAAAAUAGGCUCAGCACAUUGAGUUAAAAAGGUAAUAAAAGAAUUAAACAGGUCCAGGACUAGGGCACACUACCCUGUCAGAGUAGCCCUGAGUUUCAGAGCCUGCACUGUGAAGAUUGCCACCCCACGUGAAAUUUGGGGAUUUGCGUCCACAAGAAGUGCUUUCAGACAGUCUUCCUUAGAUGAAAUGGAGGACGGGAUCAAGAGGAGGAGCUUAGGUCUUAUUGGGUCAUAAAUAGGGCAGUAGAAAAAGAAAUGUAUGAAGUCCUCUACUUCAUUCAUUGUGCAUGGACAUAGACGCUGAGUAAUAGGGGUCUUAGAGUAGGUCCCCUGCAGGAAGGCCGUGGGUAAAGAAUGAAAACGGGCCAUUGUAAACGCUCUUCUCAAAUUGGGCUCCGUCAGGUCUAUCAAGUAGUUGGCAAGUGAUCUUACCACUUUCACUUUAGGGAGCCACAUGGAGAGGCGAGCUGAGGUGGACUGUGCCCGGUCCAUGGCCUCAUCUCUUAUAAGAAUCCAGGCCCGGAUUUUAUGGUGGUCCCAAGAUGACAACGUGUCGAAUUCUGGGAGGGAGUAGCGUACGAUAAUAGUCUCCAUGGCCUUGGACCAUUUGUUGGAGUGAGAACAAGUUAAAAAGGCUUGCCUGGCUAGUAGGGAACCUGGGGCAUUGAUUAAUUUACAAUAAAAACUAAUAAUUCUAAUGUGGGCUCUCGCAACAAUGGAUGGGAGGCCCAGUUCUGUUCUUAACUGAGCAGCAACCGAGCCCUUGGGGAGACCCAGUAUCUUUCGUGCAAAAGAGUUUUGUAGAAUCUCCAGCCGUUGUAGUGUUUUUAAAUUCCACCCCCAGAUUUCAACCCCAUACAGUAACAUCGGGAGGACUUUGCUAAUAAAUGCUUUUCUGAUUGGUGGAACCAACUGGCCGCCUUUUGCAUAGAAGAAUUUCUCCAAGGCUUUGAUGGUUCUACGGGCAGCCAGGAUGGUCAUAUUUAGGUGAGCUGACCAGCUAAGCCCAUGCUGAAAAGUGAUUCCCAAAUACUUGAAAGCUGAGCAAUAUUCAAUAGAGUGGCCCUCAAAGUUCCAGAAUGACUUCCGAGUUUUCGUGCCAAAAGUAAGAAUUUUGGUUUUGGCGAAAUUGAUUUUGAGGGAAUUGGUAUCACAAUAUGUCAUGAGCCCUCUGAGCAUGUUGUUUAAGCCCUGCUUGGUUAAAGACAGUAUCACCAUGUCGUCCGCAUAGAGUAAUAUGGGGAUCUUAAGCUGUUGUAGAGAGGGGGCAGAUUGAUUUAGGGCCUGCAUAGUUGUAACGAUGUCGUUGAUAUAGAAAUUGAAUAGAAAAGGGGCCAAGAGGCAACCCUGUUUGACCCCUUUAUUCAGAGGGAAAGAAUCAGAAAGAGCUCCCAGGGGGCCGAAUUUUACUCUGGCCGAUAUGUCAUUAUGAAUUUCCAUAAGAAGAAGGAGGAGUCUCUUAUCUAUGUUGGUGUAACUAAGCUUCUGCCAUAGCCUAUCUCUGGGAAUGGAGUCAAAAGCGGAGGUCAGGUCCACAAAAGCCGCGUGUAGUUUGCAGUUAAACCUGUUUAGGUAUUUAUCAAUCAGGGUAAAUAGAACAAGACAUUGGCCAGAUGUACUGUGACCUUUACGGAAGCCAGCCUGUUCCGAGUGGAAUAGCUUUGUUUCUUCUGCCCACUCGAUUAAUUUCUCUAGCAAGAAUCUAGAGUAAACCUUGUAUGAUAUGUCUAGCAGGCUGAUGGGUCGAUAGUUACGCGGAUCUUGUGGGUCCCCCUUUUUUAUGUAUUGGGAUGACUAUGCUCUGUUUCCAAUUUGGCGGGAUCUUAAGAGUGGCAUUAAUAGUGGUAAAGAGAGAUGCAAAGAUAGGGGCCCACCACAUCUGGUUCAAUAAGAAUACCUCUGGUGGAAUCAUAUCCUCCCCCGGGAUUUAUCCCUGAUAACAUGCUAAUUAGUUGUACACAUCUCUCUGGGGAGACUGGCUCCCAGGUGGGCAAGGCAGAUGCAGGAAGAGUGGAAACUGCGUUUACGUCGGAAUCUGGGGCGGAGUACAGCUGAGCAAAGUGAGAGUGCCAACUGGCUGCUGUGAUGUUAUUAACGAUGAAUGAGGGGGGUCUUAAACCUGCAUUAAUUAAAUUCCAGAAUUUCUUGUCAUCACGGGUUUUAAUGGCCACUGACAAUGCCGUCCAGCGUUCUUUCGCAAAGAUCAAUUUCUUAUGUUGGAGCAACUUCUUGUAGUAAGAACGGAAUUGGGCUAACUCCCUGAUUUUGCUCUGGGUGCUGUCUGAUUUCAUAUCAGACUGAAGAGAUCUAAGCCUACUUCUGCACUGUUUGCAUUCUUGGUCGAACCAAGUUUGAUUCUUCCAGGUUAGACUCGCACGGGAGGGUUUCGUAAGUGAUGGGAGCAAGUAGGCUAGAAUUUGUUGGAAACUUGAGAAAUGAUUCACAUUCAUUGUUACCAGCUGAGCUUUCAGGGCUAGGAUCUCAGGGGAAUUUAGGAGGACUUUUAUGUCUUGCUCCAGAUAGAUAUCCCACUUCUUACGACCGGGGGCUAGGGUCAGUGAAUCCUGGAGGAGGAGUGAGCUGGGGAGCCCCAGAUUACUUGGCUCUAGCAAAAAUGUUUAAAAUAAGAUUUAAGUUUUAAGGUUUUUUAUAAGAUAAGAUGAAAAUAGAUAAAGGUAAUGUAAUGACAGAAUAUUAUGAAAUAUGGAAAGGAUUUGCUGCGAUAAUUAAUAACUGGGAUACAAAAAAAGGGAGGAGGAGGAGGUCAAAGAAAGAAGGUAAUGAAAGUUGAAGAUUUGAGAAUGUUGGUUUUAUUUUUAUAUGUUUGUGGUGUAUUUUUGUUUUUUGAAUUUGUAUUGUUGGAUGUGGUUUGUUUUCUUUUUCUCUUUUUUGUUUCUUUUUUCUUUCUCUGCUUUGUCUUUUUUUGUAAUUUUAAAAAUUUUCAAUAAAUAUCAUUUAAAAAAAAGAAAGAAAGAAACUUUCCAUCUGAGACCCCAUUUAAAGCGGUUGAGUAUUUUCGCUAGGCCACUAAAUGUGGUGUAGUCAUACAUUUUGGGUGACAUUAAAUAACCCAGAAAAAAACCCCCAGUAAGUGUUUGUCCAUGCUGAACCCCUCAUCCCAGGGACUGCAAAUCUUUCUUUAAUUUCAGACAAUUCCAGCAAGAGGGGGGAAGUGUUAAACACCCCCUUUCCUUUUUUUGCUUCUAAUAACCAUUCUCCAAGCAGUUUUUCUUGUACAAAAAAAGGGGUGUGCCAAGCUAUGGGUUUUUGUUUUUUUAAAACAUGUAACAUGUAGUUCACACCUAGUUUGAAUCUUCAUUGAUUUUCUUUCACUUCCUUAACUUGUGGCAUCCUGUGGAAAACUGCUGACUUUUUGUUAUUUUUUUUUUAAAAAGCUUUUAUUCUCGUUUGUGCGUGUGUGCGUUUGUUUCAGCAUCUCCUCUCUUGACUUGAUAACAUUUUAGUUUACUUGAAAAAAAAGUUUAGUAUUUUAAUAAAAUAAAAUAGUUGAAUGCCUCUGCGGGAUUCCCCUAAGCAUUUUGGCUCCCCCACCCUCAAAAUAGUUGAAAUUUCUACUGCGAACUGAAUUGCUAGAUAGAAAACGCAAGUGUGUGAUGACACAAGCCGCUCAUUCCACUGUGGUUGAAAGUUCCAUUGUGCCUCUUACUCAGACUAGAUUUUCAGCUGUUGAGAGAGAGUUUUGCACGCACACAAACACACACGCACCAUAAUCUCAAAGUAUACAUCUUGCUUUGCUAAACUAACUUGGUCAUAACAAUAAUGGUGACACAUCCUUUAGUCUAGACUAAACUUCUUAAAGCUUUUUAUUGUUAUUUUUUAAAAGGGGGCUUACGAAACAAAGUUUCUGUGACAGCUUCCUCUUUUUCUAAAUACUGUCACAUACCGAUAGCGACAAGGAAUUACAAUCUCUGUACAGGUUCUGGCUAAAAUCACUUUUCACUGGGCUUGCGGCAGUGAGAAAUUGGUCCAGACCCACAUUCUGCAUAUAUGUUAGUGUAAGCACACUAAAUUCUCAAGUAAGCAAAAAUUGCCCUCCCCUUUGUUUUGCCCGGGAUGCGGGUGGCGCUGUGGGUUAAACCACAGAGCCUAGGACUUGCUGAUCAGAAGGUCAGCGGUUCGAAUUCCCGCGACAGGGUGAGCUCCCGUUGCUCGGACCUAGCUCCUGCAAACCUAGCAAUUCGAAAGCACGUCAAAGUGCAAGUAGAUAAAUAGGUACCGCUCCGGCGGGAAGGUAAACGGCGUUUCCGUGCGCUGCUCUGGUUCACCAGAAGCAGCUUAGUCAUGCCGGCCACAUGACCCGGAAGCUGUACGCCGGCUCCCUUGGCCAGUAAAGCGAGAUGAGUGCUGCAACCCCAGAGUCGGCCACGACUGGACCUAAUGGUCAGGGGUACCUUUACCUUUACCUUGUUUUGCCCAAAUCUAUUUUUACCGAAAUAGAGGAGAAAAAAUAACAACAGCAUUGCCUGAACUGGUGGUUUGUUUGGUUUUUGCCACUGUAUAUACAGAGGAGCCCAUUUGGUAUGUAUUCAGUGGGAUUUGAGUGGCACAGUUGAAUGAUGCUUGAGAAACAGAAGUUUGACCCUCUUUGGGGUUUGUAGAAUUGCGAAGGUUUUGCAGAUUCCCCUUGUAGGUUAAAGUAAACUACAGUAAAAUGCCUCUAUUGCCGUAGCACCUUUUAUCAACGCUUCAGCAAUAUUAUUUAUCUCAUUCUACCAGAUAUCACUGAAAUACCAGACGAAGACGUGAUCAGUGUGAUUUCCAAAGUUGCGCUGAUAAGCCUCGUCCCGCUGCUGGUGAUUGCCAAAGCCGUGAUCCUUAUCUUUUACUGCUACCGUAUCCAGAGGAGGAGGAAACUUAACAAGGUAUGGGAGAAGAACGUGAAGUCCAGGAAGCAUAAAGACUGCAGCGAUGUUUGCGCCUUCGUGAUAGACGACGACUGCUCUGACAUCAGCUCCACUUGCGCCAAUAACAUCAACCACAAUACUGAGCUCCUGCCCAUUGAGCUGGACACCCUGGUGGGGAAAGGGCGCUUCGCUGAAGUCUACAAGGCAAAACUGAAACAGAACACAUCGGAGCAGUUUGAAACCGUGGCGGUCAAGAUCUUCUCCUACGAAGAGUACGUCUCCUGGAAGACAGAGAAAGACAUCUUCUCCGACAUAAACCUGAAGCACGAAAAUAUCCUGCAGUUCCUCACGGCUGAGGAGCGCAAGACGGAUGUAGGCAAACAGUACUGGCUGAUCACUGCCUUCCACGCGAGGGGGAAUUUGCAGGAGUACCUUAUAAAGCACAUCAUUAGCUGGGAGGACCUCUGGAAACUAGGCGGGUCUUUGGCCCGAGGGAUCGCCCAUCUUCACAGCGAUCACACACCUUGCGGCCGACCCAAGACGCCCAUUGUCCACAGAGACCUCAAGAGCUCCAAUAUCCUGGUGAAGAACGAUUUGACCUGCUGCCUCUGUGACUUUGGGCUGUCGCUGCGGCUGGAUCCCACCCUCUCCGUGGAUGACCUGGCUAACAGUGGGCAGGUGAGCCGUACGACGGGGCAGAGGGGGGGAGCAAGGAAAGAGUCAAAGCUGGAGGAUUUAAAACAGGGCUUGGCAAAAUUGUCCACUACAGUUGUACCUUGGUUUUCAAACAGCUUGGGAGUCUGAACGAUUGGAAACCGGAAGUGAUUGUUCUGGUUUUUGAAUGUUUUUUGGAACCCAAAUGUCUGAUGCGACUUCUGUAGCUUCCGAUUGGCUUCAAGAGCUUCCUGUAGCCAAUCAGAAGCUGUGAUUUGGUUCCCAAACAUUUUGGAAGUCGAACCGGUAUGCCCCACGGUCUCUAAAUAGUAACACCCUAGUGGUCCUGGGCCCUAAGGAAGUCAGAUUAGCCUCAACCAGAGCCAGGGCCUUUUCAACACUGGCUCCGGCCUGGUGUAACACUCUGUCUCAUGAGACCAGGGCCCUGCAGGAUCUGAUUUCUUUCCGCAGGGCCUGUAAGACAGAGUUGUUCCGCCAGGCCUUUGGCUUGGAAUCAAAUUGAUCCCCUCCCCCUCUUCCUUUUUCCUUCUGUGAUGGAACUCCUAUUUGGGGACUUCCCUGGCUUUUUUCUGGCCCACGUAGGACCAGUCUGGAAAGUUGGCCUUGGUGAAGACUUGACGUUUUCAUCCCCCAAAAAGUUUUUGAUUUGAGUUCCUACUGAAAACAGGCUGCAUUUUAAUGUUGUAUUUUAAUUUUUUUUUAAAGUUGCAUUUCAAUCAAUUGUUUUUGAUUGAAGUUGUAUUUCAAUCAAUCAAUUUCUAGAACCACUGAGCACUACUUCUUAAAACCUAAAUGUUUUUAGGAAGCACUGAAAAGAGUAUCAAUAGGCAGAGAUUCCAAAGUGUUAGCUGCCCUGAGCCUGGGGAGGGUGGGGUAUAAAUAAAAUUUAAUACUAAUACUAAUAAUAAUUAAUAAUAACAAGGUACCACUGUACUGUGAUGGCUUGAAUGUGUUUGGAGGGGAGGGUUUGGACAAUUAAUUAUUGCAAGGGAUGCACAUCCUCCUCCCUUGCAUAGAUUCAUAGAGUUGGAAGGAACCCCAGGGGCCAUCUAGUCCAACCCCUUGCAGCACAUGAUCUUUGUCAGCAAAGUCUCAGUUUUCAGGAUGCAGGGAUAGGUUUUGCCCUGUACCCUAAUAGCGUCCACAAAAUGUGACUCUUUACUCUUGUUUUCCAUUUAUGAAUGGCUGUCAACUACUCGUGCUUACAAGACGUUGAAAUACCAUUGAGGGUAGUGGUUAAACCUUGCGAUCGCAGGUUUUAAUAAUAAAAAAAAACAAGCACAGAAAGCUCAACGUGUACAGUCAAACGGGUUACUCCAUCAAAAAUAAUUUUUUAACCAUUUUGUGAAUGCUGACAGGUUGGCACAGCAAGGUACAUGGCUCCCGAAGUCCUGGAAUCCAGAAUGAACUUGGAUAACGUCGAGUCCUUCAAACAAACCGACGUAUAUUCCAUGGCUUUGGUUCUGUGGGAAAUGACAUCUCGCUGCAACAGCGUCGGAGGUUUGUUUCAUGUGCUCCUUUGUGGAGUUGUAUUCUUAUGUGUUUACAUGCUACUUAGCUCUAAAGGUUGUAGGAAUCCUUCCCACCCCACCCCCAAAAUACUAUUAAUUUACUUAACAUGAGCCCUUCUCUUUUCUUUCAAGAAGCCUGGAGUAGUAGUGUGUGAUUCACACAGGUGAUCUGUCAUACAGCUUCCUGGGCUAGAUCUGUAUUUGUAUUCGAAACCAUUUCUAGAACCACUGAGCACUACUUCUUAAAACCUAAAUGUUUUUAGGAAGCACUGAAAAGAGUAUCAAUAGGCAGAGAUUCCAAAGUGUGUGGUUUGUUUUUUUUUUAAAAAAGAAGAUUUCUUAAAACUGCUGAACAAGUAAGCCGCCCAGCCAAAUGGGUGGGGUAUAAAUAUAAUACAGUUGUACCUCGGGUUAAAUACGCUUCAGGUUACAUACGCUUCAGGUUACAGACUCCGCUAACCCAGAAAUAUUACCUUGGGUUAAGAACUUUGCUUCAGGAUGAGAACAGAAAUCGUGCAGUGGUGGCACGACAGCAGCAGGAGGCCCCAUUAGCUAAAGUGGUGCUUCAGGUUAAGAACAGUUUCAGGUUAAGAACGGACCUCCGGAACGAAUUAAGUACAUAACCAGAGGUACCACUGUAAUUAUCAUUAUCAUUACAGUCAUACCUUGGUUUUCAAACAGCCUAGUUCUCGAACGUUUUGGCUCCCGAACGAUUGAAACCCAGAAGUGACUGUUCCAGUUUGCGAACGUUCUUUGGAAGCCGAACAUCCGACGCGGCUUCCGAUUGGCUGCAGGAGCUUCCUGCAGCCAAUCAGAACCCACAAUUUGGUUUCCGAAUGUUUUGGAAGUCGAACGGACUUCCAGAAGAGAUUCAUUUCGACUUCCAAAGUACGGCUGUAUUAUUAUUAUGAAAUCAGACUGUUUCACAAGUCAAUUGGUUCCAAGCCGCUGAGGGCUGUAUAUGCUGUUAGUCGCACUCUGAACUUGGUCCAGUUGCAAAUCGGCAACCAGUACAGGUCUCUGAGCACAGGUGUUGCAUGCUGACAGGGCUGGGAGGAAGGUAUGUUUUUAAAUUCUUCAGAUGGAGACACACUUUUAGGUCUUCCAAAGGUCAGUUCUAAGUUUCUGGUUUGACCUUUGCCACUGCUGCUGCUGCUUUGUGUUUUGUUUUGUUUUUGUUUCAUGAGGAAACAGAAAAGCUGGUAAGAUACUUUUCAUCAUCAUCAUUAUUGCUUUCCUUCCUUCGCGUUUGGGCUUACAGCAUUCCACAGAAUGCUCCUUUUAAGGCUGGAUGUUCUGUUUGUUGAGGAAGACUCUUUCAUCCUUGCUGAUGACGCUUCCUGUUUCUGUUUGAGGACUCUGGAAUAAUGCCUAGGGAAAGAAAAGCACUCUCCCAGCAGUGCUCCACUCAGGAAGUUGCAGAGCUGCCUGAAAUUAAAAUAAUCGGGCUUUUGUCAGGAAAGAUUGGGGGGUGAAAGAAGAAGUGUGUGCGACUUUAUCUAAGUCCCUUAUAAAUUUCCCUCCUAAAAAAAAGAGAAAAAAGUUAAAAAACAUCACGUUGCAGCAAAUGAGAGUGCAAUACCUGUGCCAAACAGGGCAGUGCUGGGGAAUUAAUAAUCACGGAAUUGCACAUUCCUGAUAAAAUAACCUUGCCAGCCAGCCAAAAUAAGCUAUUAUGAUGAUCGAUAUUAUACCUAUACGAGAAAUAAAACUAGGGCAGCUUUGCUAAAUGAGAUAAAGCAGCGUGGAUUUCCCCGAAAAGGUGCAAAGUGCGGCCGUUCCCUGCAAUCUUAUGUAUUUAUUUUUAUUACAUGUAUAGCUCACCCUUCCUCCCAGAUAUGCUCAGGGCAGCAAACCCUCAAAAAAGUUAAAAUAAAGCAAUUAAAAAUGUAGUGGAAAUGCCUGGGUAGGCAGGAAUGUGUUUAAAUUUCUUCUGCUCUGUAAUGAUGAAGGGAGGCAAGCACACUUCACCAGGGAAGGCAUUUCACAAACAGGGAGCUACCACUAAGAAGCCGCUGUCAUUGGUCCAUGUCUAUUGGUCGACAGCCACCCAGAGACACCACCAACAGAGCUUCCCCUGCCAAUCACAAGACCUGAGAUGGAUGCUAUUGGAAGACAUGCUGUUUUUAGGUACUUGGGUCCCAAGCUAUAUAGGGCUCUCUAUUCUAGUAAAGGUAAAGGUAAAGGGACCCCUGACCAUUAGGUCCAGUCGCGGAUGACUCUGGGGUUGCGGCGCUGGCCAAGGGAGCUGGCGUACAGCUUCCGGGUCAUGUGGCCGGCAUGACUAAGCCGCUUCUGGCUAACCAGAGCAGUGCACGGAAACGCCGUUUACCUUCCCGCCAGAGCGAUACCUAUUUAUCUACUUGCACUUUGACGUGCUUUCGAACUGCUAGGUUGGCAGGAGCAGGGACCGAGCAACGGGAGCUCACCCUGUUGCGGGGAUUCGAACCGCCGACCUUCUGAUUGGCAAGCCCUAGGCUCUGUGGUUUAACCCACAGCGCCACCCGCAUCCCUCUAUUCUAGUACCAACACCUUAACUGUAAUGGUAGAAUAAGUAACAAUAUAAAAUUAUAACAACUGUAAGCACACAAACUGUGAAACAUUUUGCACCUGCAGUAAGACAGGAAAGUAUGCAGGUAUAAAUAGACCCACCGUUCACUUUUUUGAUGGGAUAUACGUAGGGAACAGUUCAUGUGGCAGAAUCUCGGGAAAUGCGUCUCUUCUAGACUAUAAUGUUUGUAGAAAAUGUCUUUCCCUAGAAGGAUGGCAUAGUUAGUCAUUUUUGUUGCAGCAAAAGCAACAAAGUGCCUUGUGGCUCCUUUUGUGGCACAUUUAUUAUGGCAUAAACUUUCGAGAUUAUAGUCCACUUCCUCUGAAGCACGAGUGUUAUCCUUGAGUUACAGGAAAUCGUACGCAUGGCUUGAGGAAACUGGCGGGAGGGAGGGGAACGUUAACAAUGAGGUCAGAGGGAAACAAAAUGCCGAAAGCUACAGACAGUCAUACGUACCUAAUUAUCUGCGGUAAUUCACAAAACAGUUGUUAACACAGGCAUCCUGACAUUGAUAAGCCAAUUUUAACAUAAUGUGUUAAAAAUCCUUUGCCUUGGUUCAGUGCACAAGAGAGAGCAUUGAACCUCUUGUAUUGUAAUUUAAGCAUGUUGCAAUUUCCCUUUGAAAUUCCUUUGCCCCAGGAAGGCAAUGCUAAAGUCACUUACAGAGACUGUGCUUACCCAUGACACCAAGCCAGAGUUUCUUCUUGGCUACAGAUCAUGGCUAAGGAACAGUGUUCGAAACUCCCAUUGUUCUAGGCGCUUUUUGUGACAGGGAAUUUCAUUAGCGCCAGCAGUUUCUGAGCUCUGGGCGCAAUACUGAGCCUAAGAUUUUGGAUUAAAACGGCAGAGUGGAAGGAAAGGGGGACCUUUUCCUGCCUCCCCACUUCCAGUUACUCUCUGAAGAGUGGAGAAGAGACUCGCUUAAUAAUAUUAGAGGGGUGAGCAGGGGAAGGACUUAGACCAUGUGAAAAACAAACAUAAUAUUUUAGCUGCAGUUCGUUCAUUUUCAGCUUUGCAUUCUUCUUAUAAAAAAGCGCCCCUAGACAUUCCGUUGUUGUGCCCAUAACCUAGGUUUAAGGUGCCGUUUAGCUCCCAGCUUUCAUAUUUCAGUUUCUAACACUGUUAAGGAAGAGAGACAACUUAACCAAGAUCUAUUGCUCAGACAACAUGCAAAGCCAGUCUUGGCUUAGUUACAGGUUCGAGUUAAAAAGACUAGGGUGGAGCAAAGUAUGUGUUAGCCCUUCUCCAGGAGCCAGGACAUUCACAUGGUCCUGGUAAGCCACCAUUUAGCUUCUUGUGAUGUGUGAACCAAGCCAAUAGCUUCUUGUGAGGUUGAAGUGUUUCCUCAUGGGAUUUGGAAUACAGUGGUACCUCUAGUUGCGUUCACCUCCGGUUUUGUAUCCUUCAGGAUACGUACAUGGCAAACCCAGAGUAUUUUUCUGGGUUUCGCUGUGCGCGCAUGCACAAAAGCGUUAAACCACGCCACAUGCAUGCGCAGAAGUGGCAGGUCCGAUUGCAAAUUCUUCGGGAUGCGGCCAGAGCUCCGGAACGGAUCCCGUUCGCAACCGGAGGUACCACUUUGUUGCUAUUUCUGGUGGCAGAUUUGUACCCAUUUAUGUAUUCUUGCAUAGAGACGGCCUUCCUUGUCCUGUGUAGAAUGCAAAAGGGCAUUGCUGGCGGAUGAUGGCAUAUAUCACACCGAGAAGAGGAACAGGUGACUGAAGCCCAGAUGUUGCAGAUUAAAUUGUUAGGCCCUGAAAUUUUUUUUAAAAAAGGUAUAGUGUUGCCGUAGUGGACAUGGGAACAGAGUUGCCAUCUGAAUCUGCCACAGGGGGCUGGGCCCUGUGUCCAAACCUCUGUUAUGGAGGGCCUGUUGUUGCUAGUGAGUAGUUGUGUUAGGGUUUGGGGUUGUUGUUUAUUUUGGCAGGGGGUGUUCUAUAAGAAGGAACAAGCCCUACCAUUCAAGGCCAGUGAGAGAGGGAAGCAUCGUUGUCCGAUGUGGGCUGUAGAUCAUUGAUGGUUGGAGUGGUUUCAGCUGGGAGCUAUAAAUGGCAGCAAGGAACGUUCUAUCAUUUUCUCUUCUUCUUCUGUUCUUUAGUACAUUAUUCCUCAGUACUAUUCCGCCCUUUGUUCUGCUAUGGCACUUUGUUGGGUUGAUAUUGUAGCCUGAGGAGUGUCUGACAUAAAUUCUUAAGAUGGGGUUCUGUCUUAAGUUCUCCGAGUUGUGAGCCUCUGUUUUAAAUUCCUAAGUUGUAAGUCUCAAUGGAUACAGUUGUGUUUCAAGGAUUGACUUAUAGGCAAUGGAUUUUGUGGUGUGUUCUGGGUAGAAGCUGGAAGCACAUAAAUACACAUUGUGGUCAGAUGGCUUCCUGUUGUGUCCAGAAAGUGAACCUUUUGCAUGGACUGGUCUAGGCUCAGGUUUACGAUGGGAUGAAAGUUAUUGAAGUCCUGGUGGAACUGAUCAAGUGUCUCUUGUCCACAAAUUCAGGUGAUAACAAUGCCACCUUAGAUGUAGGAGGCUUGUUAGGGACAGAAGCUAAGAAAGUUUUGCAAUUCAGCUAUGAAUGUGUUGGCGUCUGUGGAGCCACGUGACUGCCCAUGGCUGUGCCAUUAAUUUCUCCCCCAAACAUGUUCUCCCCCAAGCUGAUUGUUGGUGAGUACAGAGUUUGGUAUCUAGACGGGCUGAAGCUCCACAUCUAGCAGUAAUAUCCCUCAUAGAUUGUAGCCCAUCUUUGUGUGGGAUGUUGGUGUAAAGGGCCUCAAAUAUCCAUGGUAGCUAGUAUGGUGUUUUCUUGGAGAUUGUCCAUGAAUUGGUAGUUUCUUCAGAAAAUCAGUAGUAUCCCAUGUAUAACCUGGACUUCUGGUAGCAUCUGAACAGGGUCUGUCUAUCCAGACACUCCCAAUAGUACCCAUGCCUGAAACAAUAGCUGUCCAGGGCUGCCUGGUUUGUGCAUUUUGAGCAGUGGGUAGAUCAUAGAUUUGUAGAGUUGAAGGGGACCCCAAGGGUCAUCUAGUCCAACCCCUUGCAAUGCAGGAAUCUCAACUAAAGCAUCCAUGACAGAUGGCCGUCCAACCUCUGCUUAAAAACUUCCAAGGAAGGAGAGUCCACAACCUCCUGAGGGAGACUGUUCCACCAUUGAACAACUCUUACCAUCAGAAAGUUCUUCUUGAUGUUUAGUUGGAAUCUCCUUUCUUGUAACUUGAAGCCAUUGGUUCAAGCCCUACCCUCCAGAGCAGGGGAAAACAAGUGUGUUCCCUCUUUCAUGUGACAACCCUUGAGAUACUUGAAGAUGGUUAUCAUAUCUCUUCUCAGUUUCCUCUUUUCCAGGCUAAACAUACCCAGCUCCUUCAACCGCUCCUUAUAAGGCUUGGUUUCCAGAUCAUUUAUCAUCUUGGUUGCCCUCCUCUGCACACCUUCCAGCUUGUAAACACCCUUCUUCAAUUGUGGCGCCCAGAAUUGGACGCAGUGUUCCAAGUGUGGCCUCAUAAUACAAGUGUAAUCCCAAUAGCAUCUUGGAUUCCAAAUACGUUCACCCAGUUGAGCCAUGCAUCCUCCACUGGCCUCCAUUUUGUCACCGCAGCCAUUAAGCUUGCCAACCCAGGACACUUGACACUUUCCCCUGCAAUGACUCAGACCCUUGCACCUGGCCUAAUCCUAUCCCCUUACCCUGCAAAUCCGUAAACUGACCCUUGGGAGUGUUCAUAAAAGGUGGGGAGGUGGAUUUUUGUGGGAGAAGAAAGAAAAAGCAAUGUGCUUGGUUAGUGAAGCAGUAUCACUUUUUAGAUGGUGCGUUAAACCCCAUGCAACAAAGGGGUUCUGUAUUUGGUCUGGGAAUGAAAUUCAGGUACAUUUCUUUUCUUUGCAAAGCCUGGGAGGCGAAGUGAAGAUUUUGCCGAAUGCAGUUUUUGGAGUAUCCCAGCCCUUCAUAGCUAGUGUUGACUUUAAACAGAAAACACACAUGGCGUUUAAUCUGUAUGCAGUCACUAUAAAUAGCAGUGUCGCUGAAGGUGAAGAAUCAGCCUAAGAAGAAGGCCGCUCUGUUACUUGCUGGGGAGCCGAAGUGUGGGAAACGGGUAUAGUUUGCUUGAUGUUUUGCCGGCAUAUAAUUUAGAAGUCAUAUUUAGAAACUCAGCAACUCUGCUUUGGGGAAAGUUCGAAGUGCUCCACUACCCUUUCAGCUUGGCAUUUCAGUCAGCACAACAGCUGUGUACCAGAUGUUACGCUUUGUGAGAAAUAUAAUUUCCAUCCAAGCAUUUUGCCCUUGCAGCCGACAUGGAUACUGUGAGAAAGAAAAGCACGGGGAGAGUUAAGUGAUCUGACAGGCCCUCUAAGAGCUGCUUAUUUUCAAGUCCUUUGUUGCCAGCAUAUGACAUCAGUCAGAAUCAGCAAGGUUACCAGGGAAUAAUCUGGAAAAUACCUUUCAAAAUGGCCUCUGUUCCUUGAGCUGCUCUAAGUAAUUGUGCACUGCCUGAAAGAUUUGCUGGCUUGACUGAAACACUGCUUUUGGUUAAAGUGUAAAUGUACAGAAAAAUGGUACACAGCUGAUUGCGGGAAAGAGCUCUGGAGUUUUGAGGCUCAAUAUUUUUGAAAAGCACUAGUUCUGCACUUCAUUUUAAAAGCUUCUGGUGUUGGAGCAUAAAUCUGUGGUCAGUUUGUUAUUGCCUGUAUGAAGCAUUGGGUCAGAUUUCUGUGGAGAAGAGGGAGCUACCUGCCUGUAUUGUCUACCAUAACUUGAGAUACAUGUGCUUUUAAUCAGGAAUACGCACAACAAACCUUUGUGGAAAUGACAAAAUAAGAAAAAGCCAAUGUAUGUAAAUUUUAGUUUCAACACUUAAUUAAAAUUAUGGAGAAGACUGGAGAGGAAGCAUGACCACUGUAUUUCCACAAUUCCAAUUAUAUUUCUAAAACGUGAUGCUUUUAAAACGAACUGUCUUCCACUAAAAUAAAAUUAAGCACAUCAACUGCAAUUCUGCCUCCGGUUAGAUAUGCCUUGUUGACUUCUGAAUAGGCGUUACACAGAAGUAACAACCAUAUGCAAGGGGUGGUUGUUGUUGUUUUAACAAAGUUAUUAGCUUCCUCCCUUUUGUCAGAAGUAAGCUUGGCACUUUUAAAAAUGCCCUUUAUUGUGCUUCGAGUCACACUUGCUUCCUUAGGCUGGCUCCAGGAAAUAUGGUUUGUGUCUGUUUUUUGUCUGCGCUUCAGUUCUGUCCCGCAUCCUUUCAUGUCAAAAAUAGAUAGCGGAGAAUUAUCUCGCCCAGCCUGCCUGAUAUAUAUGUAGGCUAUCAGUGCUCAGCAGCAAAUUGUGUGUUCGGUGAUUGUAUGGUGUCCAUUGGAAUAUAACCCAAUCUAUACUUUCUCGUGCAAAGGUGCAGAAAUCACAGGUGCCAGUUCUGACAGAAGCCACAGUGGGACAGUCGCUUUGUCUGAGGGCCCCUAAGUAUUUUACUUCAGUUUAUUGGUCGACCGGAAAGGAUUUAGAAAACAAAGCAGACCCAAAAUAGGUUUCUAAUCUAACCAGGAUAUCAGUGUGGCCACGUUUUGUGGGGUGUUUUUAUGUGCUACAUUAGUCGUGCUUAAUGCUACUGAUGUGCUGUAGGUAUGUUUUGUCAUAUUUGCUGUAGCUGUAGCUAAGGAAGGGCUGUGGCUCAGUUGUGGAGGCAGGCAGCACUUUAUUCCAUCUUCUUCAUGUCUCCUUACCUGUUCAUGUCCACGUUAUUGUGUGACGCAAAAGCCACUUUUGGAAAUCUAGUGGAAUCUACCUGAAGUUUACGCUCAUUUCCAUGUUAGCGUCUCCUUAAAACAUCCAUUUGCAACAUUGCCAGCUCAGGAAAUUGCAGGAGUUUUGUGUUGACAAAAUUUGAAGCGGUAUAUCGGAAUACAGUUGUUUCCCACCAUUUAACAUUUAGCUCAACCUGUAAUAAGUUGAUUUAAAAACAAAACCCACAGUUCUGUAACACAAGAAGGUACUUGAAAUGGGAGUAAGAAGUGUUAGCCACCAGUUAAACCAGCACAGUAAUGUUAGUUACUUUGAAUUCAGGGCUAGUAGGACUUUGCCAGUACUGUACAUAUUAUUACUUCAGGGUUGCAGACUAGGUUGUCGUUACAGCUUAGCUACAUUUAUUAAACUUGCGUUAUUAGUAGUAUUGCUUUCCCAGCUUCCCCCAGUGCUAACUUGGGGGGUGGGGUGGGGUGGGGGAAGCAGCAGAAAAGACGGAUCUCUUGGAUCCAGUGCAAGAGAGUCAUUCAGCUUGUGAGUAAAUUCUACAUACAUUACAAAAAAAAGCACAACAAUUCCUACAUUAUAUGGAAAUCAACUGUAAUUGCUCCUCUUCAGCUGAAUGUUUGAGUGGUUAACAUAGUUUUUAAGUAACAGUAGAUCUGAUGAUAGCACUUUUCCACUUGAAGUACACAACACCCUGAAUAACAAAAUUAAAACAUGCCUGUGCACGUGCAGCUGCCACCCCAGCCCCUCUCUUUGUCCUCAAUCUGUUCCACAGCUGUGGGACCCCUGCUUCUUGGCAAAAAAAAUUAAAAAUACCCAACUUUAGCAUUUACCUGAAGUACUGCAAGACCUCCCGUUUUGGGCUGGGCCUUAGUUAUAUAUGCAAAUGGAGAUAGUUGGGACUUCAAUCUCUGUGAGUUUUGCCUUGGCUCGUUUGGUUUUCCGAUUUUAGUUUUAUUUGUUGUUUCUAAUUGCCACAAUCAAUUCUCAUCCUCCAGCAAACAGAUCCCUGGCUGCUUAUCUGUCAUGGAUGUGCCUUCCUCAAAUAUUGAUCGACAAAACCUUUGGCUAGUCAAAUUCAGUUUUGAACUGGAGGUCCAUUCAUUGUCCAUAUAGAUCUCUUUUAGGUAGAUAUUACUAAAAGGGACGCAGAUGGUGCUGUGGUCUAAACCACAGAGCCUAGGGCUUGCCAAUCAGAAGGUCGGCGGUUCAAAUCCCUGCGACAGGGUGAGCUCCCGUUGCUCGGUCCCUGCUCCUGCCAACCUAGCAGUUCGAAAGCACGUCAAAGUGCAAGUAGAUAAAUAGGUACUGCUCUGGUGGGAAGGUAAACGGUGUUUCCGUGCGCUGCUCUGGUUCGCCAGAAGUGGCUUAGUCAGGCUGGCCACAUGACCUGGAAGCUGUCUGCGGACAAACGCCAGCUCCCUUGGCCAGUAAAGCGAGAUGAGCGCCACAACCCCAGAGUCUUCUGCGACUGGACUUAAUGGUCAGGGGUCCCUUUACCUUUACCUUACUAAAAGGUAGCUAGGCAGAUCUUGGAAGUGAAAGAAAUAAGACUAGAGGAAAUAGAGAGCUACAAUCCUGUGUUUGUGUGGUGCUGGACAGACAGCAAAGUAUAAGACGUCGGCAGAUUCCACUUAUGUGAAGGAGAACAAAACUUGGCUCCACCAGAAUCUUGGCCUUCAAUCCUAAAUGUCGUCUGUUUCCUUUCCUUCUCUUGACAGAGGUGAAAGACUACGAGCCGCCGUUUGGUUCUAAAGUGCGAGAGCAUCCUUGUGUGGAAAGCAUGAAAGAUAACGUAUUGAGGGACAGGGGACGGCCAGAGAUUCCUAACUCAUGGCUGAACCAUCAGGUAAGAGAGCGGGUCCUUCUUGCCUGGCAUAUUGGCCUGUUUUUGGUGGCUCCAAUCCAACUGACGGGUGACAGGAUUGUCAGCAACAACUCUGUAUCUCCUGUUGAUACCCCCUCCUCCCACUUUGCAUUUCCUCAUUGAGCUUUACUGUCAACUACAUUAGAACGCAGGGCAUAUUUAGGCAACCUGUGACAACCAGGGGUAUCCAGUCAGUUUAGUGACUAGGUAUGUCAAAAUUACACUGUGAAUUGAUCUUUGGUAUUUGCUUAUUGUCUCUUAAGACUCUUGGUACUUUUUGCAAAGCUUCAAACCCCACAGGACUUUUUUGCGUGUGCUGUAGUAGCUCUUCCAUAUCCAUGUUCUUCCUCCGCAGUUGCAUUUUUGUGUAGGCACCCAUUAUUCAUAAAAUGAAAUUCCAAAAUGGAUUUUACAGAGCGUUCCUCCUCCUCCUCCUCCUGAAUGAAAUUUGCUGCACUACUGAUUUCAAGUUAAUGUUUUUAAUAUUUAACUUAGCUUGAAUGUCCUUAAUAUGAAAAUUACCAAGAAAAUUAAUAUUUUCAAUAUUGGCUGUGCUGUUGACAUUGGUCAACAUCAACCAUUAAAUUAUGCAGUUAAUGCAGAACGUUGUGAAGCUUUUUCUUCUUUUUUAAAGAAACCACAUGAAAAGAGGAUAGUAGAUUUCAUUCUAACCCGGUUCUAAUGUUGCUUAUCACAUCACCAAGGCAAGAACCAUUCUCUUUCUUGGUUUUUGCUUUUUGCUACAUCUUCCCUUCCAUUUAAAUAAAAGGCCAGAUAGCAUUGCCGUUCCUAUUAAUGAAUUAAUAUGUCUGAGCCAGAGGCAAGCAACUAUACAAGUGCUCGUGUCAUUAAGGCCAGCAGUACAUCCAGUCUUAACGAGGCUGGGAUUAACCCUUUGAUUAGAGGAUAAGGCCCCAACAGUGGGAUUCUCAUUCCGGAAUAAUUGUCUCACAUAUGGUGUAAGUUUAGUGCACCAUAAUUUCUUAAGCAUCACUAAGCCUUCUUUCAGCGCAGUAGCACCAAUACUGUGUGAGGAGAUUCUGCAUAAAUGUUCACCUCUUGCGAGUUGGUUGCCUUACGUUAGCUGAGUGCUUUGACGUUCAGGUGUUUUAAAAUGUGUUCACUGUUUUUGCUGCACAUUUCAGGGCAUCCAGAAGGUUUGCGAGACGCUUGUCGAGUGCUGGGACCACGACCCUGAGGCGCGUCUCACUGCGCAGUGCGUAGCUGAGCGGUUCAAUGAUUUUGAGUACCAGGACACGCUCUCCGGAAGAAGCAGUUCGGAAGAAAAGAUCCCCGAAGAGAGCUCUGUGAACAGUGCCAAGUAACAGCCUGCUACAAGACAAAACUUCCACGAAACCAAAGAGAGAGAGAAAGAGAGAGGGGCUGCUCUUGUGUUCCAUGUGCACAAGAGUGGAACAGGAAGAGGCGAUUAGUCUCGGAUGCACUUCCUGUGUCACUGAGGUUCCUGCCUCUCCCUCCAUCCCGCAGCUCCAAAGAGGGCAAAGUGGCGUCCUUCGCCGUGCCAUAGGAGGAACGACGCCGUUGCUUCCUGAGAACAUGAGACUGAACAAAAUGCCAAGAAUGUUUGCACUUUAUCGAUGCCUGUAGAUAACUAUCAAAGAGCAACUUUAUGUAUGUAUGUAGAUAGAGAUAUAGAGGUAUGUAUAAAAACACACACACACUCGACAAAUCUCUGCAAAGGGUCUUCCAGGAAACUUAAGUAUAGAUAGGAAAAUCCUACCAGGAAUCGUAUGUAGGACGCUUGCUGUGAUGCUGGCAGAAAAAGUGCCUUAUUCAUCCCACCGGAGCCUUAAAAACAAUAUUUCUGCAGUUGAAAGGGGGGGAGGAGGAUUUGGACCAUAUUAGUGCCUCUUUUAACAUGUAACUAUGCAAUGGUUGUUCAGCUGGUUCUUGUAUGUUUAUGAUGCGUUGAUUCAGUGGAUCUUACUGGUCUGAUUCUUCUCCUCCUCUUCCCCCACCCUUCUGCUUGAAUUUGGAAAGUUGUCCCCACCCACUCAACUUUCAUGCCUGCGCAAAAGAUCAUUAAUUCCUCUGCCCGUCCCUUUCUUUGAACUUUGCCGUUCCCGUUAGCAGCCUGCUUUGGGGAGAGGGCAGGUUCCCCGGCCCCUCCCCAGCCUCGCUCUCUGAAAUCAGGCAGGGCCCAAUUAUAAUCGAAACAGAUGUUUUGCAUUUGCCGUGCCUUCUGACACAAAGUAGACUGCUCCCCUCCCUCCUUUUCUGGGAUCGGUAACAUCAUGUCUCGUUUCUUGAGCCCUUAAGUUCACAUUUGAUUUCGUGCCCGGCGUAAAAGGAGGAACAGGACGUGGACUCCUUUCCCCGAGUGUCUGCGAUGCCGUGGAAAAAGAUUUGCCCCGCUCUGGAGACAUGCAGUGCUUUCGGUCCCCCUUAACUUGCCAUUGUGAGCAACCCCUGCCUGCAGUCAUCCAGAACUCUGGCAAAUAAGAGCACAUUCCUAAACUGAUCCCCACAGGCAUGACUUACAUUCUUUUAGUCUUCCAAAAUAUUUAGCUUUUGGAGCUGGCCUCACCAGGAAUUUUUAAAUGACGGAAUUUUGACCGUCAGUAUUUUCAUACGAGAUCAUUGGAGCUGCUCAAAUUGUGUGGCUCGUCGUGGUUUCGCAGUCGGCUUCAGGCACCUUCUGUGCCUUGGUGUUGUUUUCUAACAGAAAUUUGCCCCAGAAACAAAAGGUAUAUUUCAAGUGCAAUGCUUUUAUCAUACAGGUCACAGAUACAUUUCUUUUUCCUCUCUAGGAACUUUGUGUAUCCAAUAAUAGGGAAAUUGGGGGGUGGGGGAGAGAGAAGUAUAUUCACAUAGGAAUUAUAAAUUUAUGGGGGAAAAUAUUUAUUUUUAAAAGCUUUUUGCAUCUGCUUUUAUAUUAAUUUUUAAAGAAAUAUUUAAGCAUUAAGUGGGGCAGGAGCUCAAUAAUUAAAACGGAGUCGAGGUUUAAUAGCAACAGGCUAUGUACUGAACUGUGGAGCUACUGGAAAGACGGGUUUAUACUGGGAUCAUGUUCCUAAGCAGAUCUGGAGUGAAGUGACCUCUAGUGGGGUUUCCCACUGAAAAACUGCUACGCUAGGAAAGGAAAAGGAGGAGCUUUGCCCCACAAACCGGAAAGUUAGGGUGCCACCUGCAUUACAGAUCUAAACCACUAGUUUCAGAACUGCCAUAACUUUCAGGCCUUCCUCCAUAACCACAACUCUGGCUUGGAGUAAGUUCCCAGAGUUCCUGAACUGAAAAUGGUGGAAGCUUACUUUGAGAUGGUUUCAGAAGAAGGUUAGACAAACAGAGAUAAAAGGCUGUGAACAGCCUACCAGUCCUCAUGGCUGUAGGCUAGUUCCCAGGUUCAGAGGCAAGCUUGUCCCAGAACGUCACUUGCUGAGACAAGGCUCAAACUGAUUCAGUACUGGUUUAAAUUGGCAGCGUAGACUUGCCCCUGGGUCUCCGCUGUGUGCGUUGUGCCUGAUAUUUAUCACGCAGCAGCAAACACAAAGAGAGGGCCCAGUAGCUCCUGGCAACUCUUUUAACUUUCUUUUGUACUAUUUACAUGUAAAGGGAUUUAUUUUUCCCCCCAUUCUUCCACGGAACGCUUUCACUGUAUGAAAACAGGAAUGUGAACGUAUAUAACCUUGUUUAUUCGAGCGUCUCGAGCACUUACCGUAUUUUUGUAUAAAUAAAAUGUUUUAGAUUAAAUGAA